AGGAGAGGGAGGGAAGAGAGGGGCCGCUUGAAGUUAAGAUGGCGGCGCGUGUGAGAGCGGGGCGCUGACCGAACCCUUUCCCGCCGCCGCGAGCUCCCCGCUCCCGUGCACGCCUCUGACCAGCCUCUCGCUCUCCCCUCGCGCCGAGCGGAGGCUCCCGAGUGUGAACGAGACACCCAGCGGCACUCCGGAGGGGGCGCCAAGCCCUCCUGCCCUCCCUCCCCCCCGCCCGCCGUCGCCCGUCCUUUCUCCUCCGCCUCCUCCUCCUCCUCUCCCCCCCCCCGCACCCUCCAUUUCCUCCUCGCGCGCCCGGCCCCUGCCCGCCUCCCUCGAGGGAGGGGGAGCGAAACAUGACAUCGAUCCACUUCGUGGUGCACCCGCUCCCGGGCACCGAGGACCAGCUCAAUGACCGGUGAGGAGGGAGAACGCGCGAGGGGAGGCCACUCGGGGGCCCCCGGGAUGGGGGGGGGAGACAGAGGAAGCAGGAGAGGGGGAGGAGCCCCCGUGCGUGAGGGGAGGAGCCCCGCGUGUUUGGUUGACGGGAGUGAAGGGUUGGAGGUGGAAUGUGUGUGGGGGGGGGACACUGCUCCUUCACCCCCUCCCCGGGAUUUUGUUUAUUUCCCCCACUCCUUUUCACUUUACUCGUUGUGAGCGUCAACAAGGUUCUCCGCCUGGGUUGCAAAUGCAAGAGCCGCCUCGUGCAUUAGGACGCUUAACCCCCCCCCCCAAAUAACCGAUAAAUAAAUAGAUAAGUGAAGCCGCGGGUGUCAAAAUGAGAGACACGGUCCCAUGCAUACUUACCCAGGUGCAACGAUCCCGUUGGAUCCUGGGUUAAACGUGGGUAUAGGAUCCGGCUUGGAAACGUGUUGGUUUUGCUUUUGUCUCUGGGUUUGCAAAAGGUGGGGUUGAGCAGACUCUCGGGUCUUCUCUCCCCGGCAUUGAAUAAAAACUUCGACUGACAGUGCGAUUUCGCGUGGGGUUUCACGCUGUAAGCAUCGUGUAACUUGGCCUCUUCUGAUGGUGUGUAUAUUUUAACUCUGGCGCUACGGGAAUCUUGACCGCAAUGGAAAUUUAGCUAUUUCGAACGUUGCACGCCAUCAGAUAAAAUUCUGAAGGACUCUUCCAUCUUAUCUCGAAGAAGCUGCUAAUCUUGUCUGUCUUAAGCGUAGAAAGCAAAGGAGCAAGACUAGGUUUUGAAUUAAAUAUGCUUUUAAGAGGGAAUUUGCAACUACAACUUAGUGAUGGGAAACGGAUAGGUAAGUCAGUAAGUUUAUUGUGGCUGGUGUUCAUGCAGGGUAGAUCUAUGAAAUAGGCUUGAUUGCACAGAGGUUGACAGUCUUGAAACUGCUAAAUGUGUAUGAUUGGGAGCAUAAUGGAAAGCCUUAAUUGCAAGCAAUUUGAGAUUUCCAGUAAUGUUUAACUUUCUGUAUUACAACACAAAAAUAAUUUUGUUACGGUUAACAUGUAGCUAUAUCUAUUACUUCUUUUUUAAAUAGCAACAGAGAUAGUAGACAUUUUUUUCUGUAUUUGUACUCUCUGGGCCUUUAUUAAAUUUGAUUAUGGUCCAAGUCUAUGCUGUUAUUGUGCAGCACAAUCUUAAGCAUAUUUACUCAGAAAUAAUACCCCUGUGUUUUGGUGGGGCUUAUUCCCAGAUGAGUGUUCAUAGGAUUGUAUGCUUAUCUAAGAAAGAUGUCUGAAAAAGGUUUCAGUAGAAAAUGAAAAGCUAAAUAUUUAGCAAGUAACGUACAUCAAUGUGAGGAUUACAUCUUAUUCAAACUAUUACGGGCCUGCCUGUCUGGGUGUGGUUUCUUUCUCUUGAAUGACCUGGUGACACAUUUAACACUGCAGUGAGUGUCAUGUGCUAAGAGAAACACCACCUCAGAGAUUGGCUGCAGCCUCAGUAAUGUCUAUGAAUUUGGCAUGUUUCUGUCAUAGAAGGGUGGAGAUAGGACAUUAAUAGUGUGAGGCAAGUACACCAGCAUCUUCAUGUAACUUCUACAGCCAUGUUCUAAAUAUGUUUGCCUAGAAAUAUAUCCCACUGGGUCCCAUGGUAUUUGGUUUCUUCCUGGUGACACAGAUUAUGGCUGUAACUUUAGAAUGGUAACCAAAUUGUUCAUGAAGUUGUGAUAGUGAGGAAUGCCAAUUUUAGUGCAGACUUAAAUGUACAAAACACGUUAUAAAAUGGCUGUUGGUAGCUAUAACUUCUUAGCAACAAAUGAUUAUUUCAUAAAUUCAUAAAAUUACUUCAUAAAUAUGGGGAUUUGUUUUUGAAUUGUUAGUUGGAAAAGCAUAGAUUUGGUUUCAUUUAUGCAAACACUUUUAAAGGACAACUUUAUUACGGUUGUUCAUUUUUACUGACGUAAUAACAAAUGCUCACAAGGAUAGAACAUGUUUGACUAUUGCAGAGCUUUUUCGUCUGAUUGCAGAGAAGCUUAGGUUGGCAUACAUGAUUCUUCCUACCCUUUUUAUUCUUGAGACAACCCUGUCAGUUAGGUUAGGACAGGGGUCAGCAACCUUUUUCAGCCAUGGGCCGGUCCACUAUCCCUCAGACCAUGUGGUAGGCCAGACUAUAUUUUGGAAAAAAAUAUGAAUGAAUUCCUAUGCCCCACAAAUAACCCAGAGAUGCAUUUUAAAUAAAAGCACACAUUCUACUCAUGUAAAAACAUGCUGAUUCCCGGACCGUCCACGGAACGGAUUGAGAAGGCGAUUGGGUCGCAUCCGGCCCAUGGGCCUUAGGUUGCCUACCCCUGGGUUAAACUGUGAGGAAGUGACUGGCUGAAGUUCACACAGUGAGUUUCACGACCACGUGGGGAUUUGACCUAGGGAUUCCCUGGCCAUUGUUAGACACCUGAUAACUACUGCACCAUGUAUCUGUUCGCACUAUCAAAAUGGCUCCCACUAAUUAAUGAUCACAAUUUGACCGUUGGAAAAAUCAGGUUAUUUUUGUGUACCUAUUUCAAUGUUGUGUGAAUUGGGUUUUUUUAUGUUGAUCACAUGAAACCAGAAGCAGAUGAGUAAUAAAUAUUAAUUUUACCUUUUGGGUAUAUAUUUUCUUCUCUUAUGUAGAACGGUAUUAAUAUCAAAUACCCUUUUGAGUCGACAUGCUUGGUGCCAUAGCACUUGUGACUUGUAAUCAUGGUGACUUAAGAGAGGGGAAGCUCUUCUAUAUUUAAAAGGUGUUGAAAAGCCUCUCUACUCAGGAAUUAGGGAUUCAGAAUGUCUCCCUUGGUGAGGGUAAGCAGGGUUUUAGUUCUGAUUCACAGGGCAGGAGAUGGAAUACAGUACAAUUUAGGAUUGGUAAACCAACAUUUUCCUGCCUGUUACUAUCCCGCUUUUGACCAUGUAUUUUGGUGUACAGCAUCAUAAAGGGAUAAAAUAAAUUGGGACCACAAAUCCAUAGGUUUCCUGUAACAGUGGUGUACUAUCAUGUUUUGUGACACUGCCUGGAGCAGCUGUUUAUUUGCGUAUAUGCUGCUUCAGCGUUAGGAUCUAACUGUUAAAUCAGGCCAUUCUUUACCGAUUAAAAAGCAUGUGCCUUCAGUAGAAGAUUAUUGAAAUUAGAAUCUAGAUAUGUUUUACUAAGCUUUGUUAAUAUGUAAUGUGUAUCAGUACAGUUUACUGUGUCUAGCAGACAGCCAUUACAAACAUAAAAAUAAGAAGAAUGGAACAAGAAAACAAAUAUCUGCCGUUGUAAUGUUUUCCUUCCCCUACCAGCCAACAAAAAUGUGUGGCAGGGAAAUUAAAAAUGUCAUGUUUAUGAAACAUGGGCUAAGUAUUAUACAUUAAGAGGGAGCGAUGUCCAGCAUGAUCUGGGAAGGUGAUUUUGGCAACAACUCUGUGUUUCCGCUUGUGUGUAGUGCCUUUGGAACUCUCCCUACCUUUCCAAAAUUCCAUUACACCAUUUAAAAUAUCUUCAUGCUUAGCUAGAACAGGGUAUUCUGCAGUUAUCUAGAUACUGUAGAUUGGAUCUGGACUGAGUUAGUUAAACUUAAGUCCCAUUGAAAUUAGAGAAGCUUAAUUACUUGUUCCACUGAUUUCAGUGAGACAUACAUUCAGCUAUUUUUCUUUGGAUUCAACCCUAUAUAUUUUGCUGAAAUCUUACAUAGUUUGAGGUCUAAAAGUUUGGAGCUUGCAUUGGGCUGUGGCUCCUAGAGACAGCACCCUGAGGACAAAACAUUCACCAAAUAUUCUCAAACGGUUUUAAAGGAGCAUAGCUGGGAACCUCUACUCUGUGCUUUCAAGAAGCUAUAACAGAUAAGGAUGCAGUCCACAGUAUUCAUUAAUAUCAGUGUUAAUCUUGAUUUCUGCUCCAAUUCAAUUGAAAUGAUUGGAGAUUUUAUGCUACAAAUACCUGGCAUAUUGAUGUAUUGUUCUGCUCCCCCAAGAAUUUUGAGACAUAUACUCUGGACAGUGUUAGUUUUAAUUUACUCCCUUAUUAACUCCCUGGCUCCCAAAGUUUGUUUACAAAUAGACUUCAUGAAUGUGUUUAAUAAAGAUACACACACACACUUCUUCUGGGUGGUUACCUAAAAAAACCCAAAUACAACUUUGAACCUGUCCAGUUUUCCACUUCAUAAUAGGACUCUAGAUGACAUUAAUGAGCUUGCAACAAUAUAUGAUGUGGCUUUGGAGUAUGCAUGUGACACAUGGGUAAGUGGGACCAAUCCCAGAUUUUAUGUAGUUUGUGCACAUCAACCCUAAUUUUUCAGAGUCCCCUACAGUGAAGAAUCCCUACUUCUCUUAUCUCAUGAUUAAUCCACAGCCUAUUACUAUUCUCAUAGUUCCCUUCUGAGCCUUUUCUGGUUCGUAACAUUUUUCUUUAAUUGCGACACUUAAAAGGGAACAGGAUACUUUAAAAUAAGGUAUUGGUGGCAUUAAGUAAUUUUACUGUUUCAGGGACUUGGAUAUAAUGGGGGCCAUAAAUUUUGUCUGGUCUUGGUGGCUGACCAAAAAUUUGAUUUCUGAAACUUUGCUCCUAUCCAGGGCUCAGGAUUUUGUCCCUGACUUUGUGGUGCCCCCUCUGAAAUACAGCAGGACUUUGGGGCAUUUCCCAGGUGGGAAAAUGUCCAUGGAAUCAUGCUGUGUCGAAGUGCGGUACAAAAAUAAGCCUGCCUUUUUUGUAGUGGGAGCUGUAGAGGAAAACUUGUUUUGGUGAUGCCCUUCAGAGGUGUGUGAAGUAUCUUGGAAGUACAGUCUUUAGCUUUCUUCCAACUGUGUGGGCUAUGAAGGGAGUCUCAGCAAGGAUUGUCCCUGCAGUGGUGAUCCCUGCCCCCUCUCCAGAUUGGGAGAAAGCCUGGGACUUUCCACACUCACCAGCUAGAAAAAUGCCAGCUGCUCAGAGUAAGAAUAUGACUAGGUGGAAAGAGCUUCAUACAUUAGAAAAGUAUUGGUUCCCCCUUCCCUCCCCCCAGGCCAUCAGCACAUCACAAGUAGUGGGAAAGGAGGAUAGUAAAUUUGAACUUAUUCACUCUGGCAUUGUCAUGGUCCUCCGUGCACCAGUAUUGGUUUAGUCAUGCUGGCUCCAUGACCCAGAAAGCUGUCUGUGGUCAAGCGCCGGCUCCCUCGGCCUGAAAAGGGAGAUGACUGCAGCAAUCCCAUAGUCUCCUUUGACUGGACUUAACCGUCCAGGGGUCCUUUACCUUUUUUUUUUUUUUUUAACAAGGCUACUCUUCUUCUUGGUGGUUUUAUUUCCUAACCUGUAGUAAAUCACAGUCUUCCCCUUCUCAUCAUGAGAUCACCUUGUUGAAAGGUUAGCAAUUGUAUUGUUGAAAUGAACACAGAGAAAAAUGUAUUACCAGUGAAAUGUAUUUUUGAUCUAACUGCAAUUCAUGUUAACCGCUCCACUUCUGAUUUCCUUUCACGUCUUAUGUAAGGCAGGUGUUUCAGAGUACAAGUACAGGAGCCUGUUUUGUGAGGGGGCUUACCCUAUAUUUGCACAGAACAGAAAAGGGGGGGGGGAAACAGUGACACAAAAACAUGAAGCACAAAUGUAAUCCACAUCGUGGAAAAUACUAAAACACUUGCAGUCAUUGCCUGUUGCAGCAGUGGCUAACUUUAUUAGCCUGGAGUCUGGAAUAUGUCUAGCCAGACUGCUUGAGGCCCAGCCAUGGCAUUAAUAAUAUUUCUUCCCAAGUAGUUUGCACUGGGAGAGUUUGCCUUCUCAAACUAAAUAACCUUGAAAAUUGUCUUCACAUUGCCUUAGGCGGCAUGCUUGGUGUAAAUGGCUUUCUUGGACUGGUAGUGUUGCCUCCUGAGAGCAGUGCUGAUGAUGCAGAAGCCUGUAGGGCAGCCUCGUAGCCAGCUUUCCUUGUUAGGUGGGGCAGCCACAUUUCGAGAUGGGGUGUUUUGGAGGGGCAUAGUGCUAGCCAAUCCCGCUUCUUCAGUGUGGUGUAGUGGUUAGGAGCGGUAGUCUCGUAAUCUGGUGAACCAGGCUCGCGUCUCUGCUCAUCCACAUGCAGCUGCUGGGUAACCUUGGGCCAGUCACACUUCUUUGAAGUCUCUCAGCCCCACUCACCUCACAGAGUGUUUGUUGUGGGGGAGGAAGGGAAAGGAGAAUGUUAGCCACUUGAGACUCCUUCGGGUAGUAAUAAAGCGGGAUAUCAAAUCCAAACUCCUCCUCCUCCUCCUCCUCCUCCUCUUCUUCUUCUUCUUCUUCUUCUUCUUCUUCUUCACCACUGAUGGAGAAGAGGUGAGGGCCAGUCCAAAGGAAGGAAAAGGCAGUGAGAGAGCAGGUUAACUUACAUAAUGGGAUACGUAAAAGUCAUGUUAACAGAGCAUUUAGUGUGAACACCAGGAAUUAGAUGACUGGCGUAUUUUUUGUUUGACCUGAGGGAUAGCUCAGUCAGCAUUAGACUCUUAAUCUCAUGGUUGUGGGUUAUUGGGUGAAAGAUGCCUGCAUUGCAGGGGAUUGGACUAGAUCAGGCUUCCUCAAACUCGGCCCUCCAGACGUUUUUUGGCCUACAACUCCCAUGAUCCCUAGCUAGCAGGCCCAGGGGUCAGGGAUGAUGGGAAUUGUAGUCUCAAAACAUCUGGAGGGCCGAGUUUGAGGAAGCUUGACUAGAUGAUCCUUGGAGUCUCUUCCAACUCUAUGAUGCUAAGGAUGUUAUGGAUACAGUGAACAAGGCUAUGAAAAGGUGUAAAACAAAAUAGAAUAGUUUAUGCUAUAACUUAGAAAGUAAAAACCUGUGUGGAGUGGUGCUGAGGACAAAUGAAUCGCCUUGAGAUCUUAUUAAGAAGAGUAGUACAGUGGUACCUCGGGUUAAGUACUUACUUCGUUCCGGAGGUCUGUUCUUAACCUGAAACUGUUCUUAACCUGAAGCACCACUUUAGCUAAUGGGGCCUCCCACUGCUGCCGCGCCGCCGGAGCACGAUUUCUGUUCUCAUCCUGAAGCAAAGUUCUUAACCUGAAGCACUAUUUCUGGGUUAGCAGAGUCUGUAACCUGAAGCAUAUGUAAUCUGAAGUGUAUGUAACCUGAAGCGUAUGUAACCCGAGGUACCACUGUAUAUUCAUCUAAUAAAUAAAAAAAUCAAAUAAAAAUAAUGCAUAACCAGGCUCAAAAGCUUGACUUUGCCAGUAGCUACAGUCUUCUUUCACCUAAUUCUUCAUGAACUGAGCUACUUUGGACAGGGCAGUGAGCUUAGCUUUAAUGCUGGAUUAGGUGUCUCAGCUUUAGAUUCCAUAUGAAAAGCAAACUUUUCCAUAGAUCUUCCUUUCUGUUGGAUGGUCAAGGAUCUUUUGUUUACUGUUUGCUAUAUAAAGGACUGAAAGGCUAACAGUGAUUGGAAACUAAUUGUAGAAAUCCAUUGGAUAUUUUUUUUACUGGUUGCUGGGUUGAUAUUUCUUCCCAGAAACCUUGGAAAGGCCUCAUACUGAGCUGCACGUACUGGGAAAAUCAGAAAUUAGGCCUCUUACAGCAGAACCAGCCAACUGUAGAUUGCACAGCAGUGUUUUUAUUCCUCUAGACUUGUUUUCAUCCUUUGCCGUCUAGCAUCACAAGGAAAAGAAGAAAAAAAUAGCCAUUAUGAGUGAGUGCUUUAAAGGACUGAAUAAUUACUUGGGGUAGAUGUAUUUUAGCUCGCUUUAGGUUGCCUCAUUAUUUCACCUUUUUGCAAUAAGCGCCCAGUCCUCCUCUACUCAUCGUAAUAACUGCAGAAUAAACUAACCCUCACUUCUUAAAACAAGCACUCAAACAUUCUUCUUGAUUGCUGGCUGGGUAGACAACACAACUAAAGCUGAAAAACAGAGCAAAGGAAAAUCCAAGCGGUGGAAUGUAACUUUAGCCCAUAAUACAAAUUUAAAUAUUGUUCUCUUUGAGUUAAAUUACUGUAGGGGCUGUUUUUCUGCAGGAUCACUUAAUUAAAGGGUUAUUGUGAUCAUGAAGAAUCUACCCUCAGUCAGGGAAAGUCUUUGGGGGCUUUUCUAAAUGUGGCUUUUGUUGUGUACUCAUCCUGCUUUCUUCAGUGAGCUUUUCAGAAGUCCUGUCUUAAAUUGCCCAUGUCGUUAAAAUGAGCUUUCAUUCUUUAAAUAGAGGCUGUCAAUUGUUAUGUCACAAAUUUUAAAUUUUUUUUCUUUCAAAAACAUAUAUCCUUGGAAUGGAGUGGGAAUAAAGCAGAACUCUGGGUGAUGGUGCGCUCAUUUGCCCCACCCUGGCUAGAAGGCUGUUGUAAGACAACUGCUCAUUUCCCAGUGGCAGGGCACUUGCUACUGAACAGGAAGACACGUUAACAGUAAGGUUGGCCCAAGUAGGUAAGGAGGGGCAUACAUAAAAUGAGGCUGAAUGCAUUUGUGCACAGCUGUUCCAGCUGGGGCCAAUGGGAAUUGUAAUCUGAAACAGUGUUUGGAAUUCACCAGGUGCAUUUUGCACCUGGCUAUUGGCCAUUUGCGACCAAGUGACGAUGCCCGGGCACCAGGAUGGUACCUGAUGUCUCCACCAUCUAGAGGUCCAUGCCUGGGGUCCUUGGAUCUUGGCUGUUUUCACAUACUAGCAGCACAUCCUAUCCAUUAUAUUUUAUCUGCAGCAUCAGAGUGAAUUUCAGGAACCAAAAAGUUGUAUUGAAAAAUAUGACUGUCAAGCCGCCUGGCCCCCAAAUGACAACUAGGCACCCCAUUUUAGUGACUGUAACCCUGGUUCAAGGUCAUGCGGGUGUCCCAGCUCCUGCCAACCUAGGAGUUCGAAAGCAUACGAGCGCGAGUAGAUGAAUAGGUCUGCUAUGGUGGGAAGGUAAACAUUGUUUCUGUGCACUCUGGCACCGGUCAUGGUGUCCCGUUGUGCCUGAAGCGGUUUAGUCAUGCUGGCCACAUGACCCAGAAAGCUGUCUGCAGACAAAUGCUGGCUCCCUUGAACUGAAAGCAGAGAUGAGUGCUUUACCCCAUAGUCGAAUUCGACUGGACUGAACUGUCCAGGAGUCCUUUACCUUUACCUUUUUACCUUAAGGAGCCAUUUGGUGUUCAGCCUAUAUAUCUGAGUUUCUAACACUCACCUGGAGGCUACCAAGUUGGCAAAGGCUGGUGUAUCGUGUGAUCAAACUAAAAGAAAGAUGGGUACAUUAUACAUGCAUUACCUCCUUGCAAAUCGUGUUUUUCAUGGUGUGUUUGAAGUUACUUAUGCAAGAAGACCCGUGCAUAAUGAAGAAAACAGAAAAUAUCCAUGGUUCAGCUCUUAUGUUGUCUUGUUUAUAUAAUGCUUUGAAUUUAUAUUGUGCUUUAUAAAGUACAAUACGACAGGCUCCCUUCUAAAACCACUUUAAGUUUAUCACAGAAAAGUAAACGGGAAGAACAUGCACUUGUUUCAAUUGUACGUACUUGAGUUUAGUAGUAUGGCAGCUAAGGGAUUUUGACAAAGAAUUCAUGCAAAAGGUGGACUUUGAGGAGGAAUUUGAAGGAAGUCAGGUUGGCAUCAGACAGAUACCUGGCACUGCAAGAGGGCAGAGUUUGAGGCACAGGAGAACUACAGAUAAUGGAGUGCUAGAGCUAGAAGAGCAAAGAAUAUGUUGGCUAGGAGAGUGGCGACAUAAAGGGGUGCUCGGCAACCCUGGUAGAUGAGUCCAUUUUUAAAGCUGCUAACCGAAUGCUAUUUAUGCAUGUGUUAAGGUCAUGUUCUGAAGGCACAUGAGGCCUCUACCUUGGUUUGCAACUGUUUUGGAUUACAACCACGUCAAAUCUGGAAGUGUGUGUCCCUUUUUUUGGAUUACAACCAAUUUUGGGGGGAGGCCUCAUUGGCAAAAGCGCGCCUUGGGUUACAACCUGUUUUGGUUUACAACUGGACCUUCAGAACAGAUUAUGGUUGUAAACCAAGGUACCACUGUACCUUGCUUACGCUAAGCAUAUCUGGCUCUGUUCAGUACCUGGAUGAGUGAUUGCCUUGGAAUUGCACGUAUUGGGUUGCAAGACAGAAAAUCAGUGGAAUAUAAAUGGAAGAGAAUUAGAACAAUAUUCAUAACUUAACCUGUCUCUUGACCACUGGAAAUCUCAGCUACUAAUCUGGUUCUGAGGUUUCACUCACCAUGAGCAUUUGUUAUAUCAUUAUAAAUAGAUUUAUUAAUAGCCAAGGUAAAUUUUGGUCAGAAAUGUGUUGCUUGACUGAAACUUAUUAAUGCUAAAAGAUCCUUUGUUUUCUCUUGCAGGUUAAGGGAAGUUUCAGAGAAGCUCAACAAAUACAACUUAAACAGGUGAGAUAGCGUUAUAGGCUAUAACUUCAAAGGAAGAGUAACUUUAGGGCAACCUUCCCCAACUUAGGGUCCCCCAGAAUAUUGUUGGACUGUGGCACCCAUCAUUCCUAGCUAAUAUGGCCAGUGAUAAGGAAUGAUGGGAACUGUAGUCCAACAAAAUUGGAGGACCGGAGGUUGGAUAAAGCUGCUUAGUUGUUCACUGUUUGUAUUCACCAUUUCCAGAAUUAGUAACUUUGUCUCUAUAUUUGUUUCGCUACUCGGCUAACUACAUAAGUCUAGUUGCCCAAGUCAAUGCAGAAAGGAAGAGCUCCUGAUGUACUUGUGAUGGUCAAAGUGCCAUGUGGAUGUGGUUUUGUAUUUCAUUGGUAUACAAAUUAAUUAUUUGAUCUUGUGUUUUUUUGUGUGUGUCUUGUUUUAAAUGUCUUGUUUGUUUUUGUGUUCUUAACUGUUUUUAAUUAUGUAUAAAUCACCUAAGACGAUUGUUUAGAAGGUGAUUAGUAAAUCAAUAUUGGUGAUGAUGAUACUUGAAGUUCAGCAUUAAAAAUGAGUUUAGCACUUAAAUGAAUUGAAGUGCAUAGGAAGGGUUAAAACUGGCUGCUGCUGUAUAUUUCACAGCUAUUGUCAGAAAAUAGCACUUGGGGAACACCGCUUCAUAAAGAUAUGUAUUGGAAAAUACAUUAUUGAAAUGUAGUAUAAUGUUCCCUGGUGGCUUUUAACAUUUUGUUCUUUUUCGUCUUAUGGCUGAAAAUACAUUGGGUUGCUGCAACUAAUGUUCAUCUUUAAUCAGUUUCAGAUGUUACAGCUAUAUUCAUUAUACAUUCCAUAUGCCACUUGGUUUAUUUCUCAGAGUUAAGGAGUCUUUAAAAAUGUUACCUAUGCUUGCUUUCUGUUUUCAGCCACCCCCCUUUGAAUGUAUUGGAGCAGGCCACUAUUAAACAGUGUGUGGUGGGACCAAAUCACGCUGCAUUUCUCCUUGAGGUAAUUUGUUCAAAAUACGUUUGAGAAAAAUAUUGUGCUGAUACUUAAUUCAUAUAGUUAAAUAUAGUUUUCCCAAUCUCAAUUAGACCAACUUGACCCACAGCUGAAAACUUUUAUUUUUUGCAUAAUUAAAGUUUAGUAUUGUUUCAAUAUUGGACACUCUCUCUUUUAAAUCUAGGAUGGUAGAGUCUGCAGGAUUGGCUUUUUAGUUCAGCCAGACAGAUUGGAAUUGGGUAAACCUGAUAAUAAUGAUGGGUAAGAACUACUUUUGUUGUGUAUUUAAGAAGUAUCUAACAAAUUUCUCCUGGUAUUUUGAUUCUGAACCGUCAACAGAAUUGAAAAUGGAAACGGGAGGUGGGAGAACCAUAUUUUUGGGUGUCUUGCUUUAGCAAACUGGUAAUGGCUGUACAGACCUUAGCAAAAUUAAGGCCAAUCUAAUGACUUAUUUUAUAUUAAAUGAUGAGAACGGAAUCUUACAAUCCUAAAUAUAGGUGCCAUAAUGAGUUACUUCAGAUCAUUUAUUUCAGUAAUCGCUCAAGUUUGAGAUUACAUUUUUACAUAUUUACCACUUGCUAGGGUAUGUUUUCUGGAUCUACAUUGUUAGUACUUGACUCAAAAUUAAUUUUUUGGGAACUAUUAUCUGAUACGUUUAAUGUUUGGUUUAAACAGGUUUUUGGGCAUUACAUUAACUCACGAUUAUAUUAAUUUAUAAUCUAAUGCAUAUUCAUUUAUACAGACACUUCACAAUCUUACCAUAAUUCCUGACACUGAAUUGUUCUUUUUUUAGUAGGACAUCAUUUUGUCAACCACCAAAUUCAUUAGGCAUGCUUCACAUGCCUUUUCUUUUUUCAUAUUCGAGCAUCAUAUACUGCAGCUAAGUAUGGAAGAUUCCCCAAGGGUGUUGCUUAAGCUGGUGUGUUACCAGACUAAGUCCCUGAUAAUUUAAACCUGGGAUUCCAGGCUUUGUUCGUAACCCAUUUGGGAUUGUAUUGUGACUGAUCUACCAUCUUUUACUUUCAGUUCAAAGUUGAGCAGUGGCUCAGGGGCAGGAAGGACAUCCAGGCCAGGCAGAACUAGUGAUUCCCCAUGGUUUCUGUCUGGUUCUGAAACUCUGGGCAGACUGGCAGGCAACACCCUUGGGUAAGUUUUGAUAGGGUUGAGGCUACCAUCUGUUUGCGCUUGGUUAUGUGUGGCUACACAUAACAUUGUCUCCCGUAUGUAUAAGACCACCGAAAUGCAGAAGUAGUUUAGCUAGCUUUUUGAAAAAUGCUAUUAAGCUGUUAAGUUUGGAAUGUUAAAUCUAAAAUUGCAAGCAAUCUAAUUUACUUUAACCGUAAUAAAAACAUGUCUGCUACUGUGGGUAGUCCUUUUAGAUUUUUUCCCCCUGAAUAACAAUGACUUCAUUUUAGAGGAACAUAAUUGACUCAAAAUGUCGCAUGAAUCUUCUUUGUAGUACGGGACUAAAAUUAAAAAUACAAAUGAAAACAUUUGUAGGAAAAAUAUCUGCAUGUGUGUCAUGACCUGUAUUUGGACAUAUUUGUUAUUUAUGUUGUUGAAGAAAGCUAGCAUGAUUUAGAAGUAAACAGGAUUUCUAGUUAAACCUGCUGCAUUUGUAUCACAUCAGCAACAAUUGUUAGUACCUUCUCAAGAAUGGUUUACUUCUUCAGUUUCAAGAUAUCUGAACAGCCUCAUGUUUGGAUUGUGCCAAGUAUCUUCAGUUAAUAAAAUAUUAUAUUAAAACAAGCCCUAUCUUCAGCCUAGAAAAAGAAAAAAAGCAUAAAUAAUAUCCUACAUUUCUACUAAUACAAAUAUUUCAAAAUAAAUUACCUCUUAUUAUUGGUAAAGAUAUUUAUAUUGUGCCCUUUCUUCCAAAGGAGAUAUUUACUGGAAGGAUUACUAUUUCUGAAGCAAUUUAUAAUUUUAACCAAUAUAUGGCCACUAAGAUGUGGUAGUAUUUAAAUGUUUUGCAUAGAAAACGUCAUAUUUAAUAGGGGGAGUUCUGUUUUAAUUAUUUGUAGUGUGGCGGUCUGAUUCUGUAACUCAGAACGUAUGGCUUUUGGAUAUGAAAACUUAAACAUAUUGAUCUUUUGCACAUGCAUGCAAUGCCUUCAUUGUUAAUAAUUUCAGAAGUUGGCUGGAAUGUAGAUUAAAAGUAAAAGCUGAAAGUAAAGAAGUGAAUCUUAAUGCAAAUUAGUUUGUGAAUUUAUAUUCUUUGGAAUUUUUCAAAGAAAUUGCAUUUGCAAAACUGCUGUACAGAAAAGAUGCCAUUGUAUCUAGCAUUCUAGCUUCAUUUUAAAAGGCUAGUGAAUCACAUGGCUAGUGUACUGUAGUCAACAGUUAAAUUCAGAUGCAUGAUAGCUUGUAAAAUAGCUCAAACACAUAAAUCUAUUGCCGUUUUUAAAAUUCCCCAGGAGUCGCUGGAGCUCGGGUGUCGGAGGAAGUGGAGGAGGAUCCUCUGGUAGAUCAUCAGCUGGAGCUAGAGAUUCCAGGAGGCAAACGCGAGUUAUUCGAACAGGACGUGAUAGAGGAUCUGGGCUCUUGGGUAGUCAGCCCCAGCCAGUGAUUCCAGCAUCUGUUAUUCCAGAAGAACUCAUUUCACAGGUAUGAAUCUUUCUUGUGAUGAAAUAUUUCAAAGUUGUGGAAAAGGAGUAACUGGGAGAUGCUUGCUUAUUUCUUUAUUUAUUUUGCAAGUUUCUUACAUAUAUGUAUAUAUAUUGGAGGAAGAUGGGAUGCUUUUGUGCCCUUAGAUGUUCACAAUGUUUGGAAACAUGAGAAAAGGCAGAGUAUCUGCAUCAGAUUCAUGUAAAGCUAAGGUUGACUGUGAGCACAUUUUGGUUUGUGGUCUUGAGACUGGAAUAUUUUGAGUCAGCCUUUGAAAAACACCUGGCCCAAAUUUCAGUAAAUAAAGAAAUAAACACCACCCAUAAUGCAAGUCACUUAUUGUUCAAACAUUUGAAAAAACAUUUGUGUUGACUAUUCUCUAAAGAUUAGCAGGCAUACUACAGAUUAUUGAGAAGGAACAAUUUCCGUUGACAUGAGGGUUAGCAAGAAUUUUAAAAGUAGGUUAGUUGGUUAGUAUUUCUUUAGUAUUGUGUAAAGAUGAUGGAGCUUGUUCAGGCCUUUGAGACUAGUCUAAUUGGCCCUGGACUCCCAGGGAUAAUUGAUAAUUGCUCUGAGAUUACGUUCUGUUUCCUAUAAUGCCUGUGGGUAAAUUUCUUCAGACACUGCACAUGUUUGUAUUAUUUUUAUGCUUUCUUUCUGUUGGUAUCUUCCUCCACCCCCUCCAGGGCACCAGAACACUUUGAUUUUAUUCACAUUGUUAACUAAUAUUCUCUAAUGGUAAAUUCACAUCUUCCUUGUAAAUUGAUAAUCGCUUUUCUAAUUUCUUAGUUUUAGUAUAUUUAUAAGAGGCAGACUUUGUGCUAUAUGAUACACGCUGACAUAUUCAGUAUAGCCAAGGAAUAGAGAAGCACAACAGUCCCUGAAAAUCAUUUUUAUCUGGCAGGAUAUUUAUCCCUGCCGUAUCUGUACCGAGUUACUGAAAUGGCAUACUUCAUUAAAAUAAACUACUAUAUAAUCAUACUUUAAAAAACCAAACAGCAAAUAUCCAAAAGAAAUAAUGUGUCAGGUAAAAAUAUGUCAGAUGAAAUAUCUCCAGCCUCUUAGGCCAAAAGCUUCCCUGAACGACAGUUUUUUUUCCCCAAAUGUUGCAUAAGUUUUUAUUCUGGGCACUGCUAUGGUGAACUCACUUCCUUGUGCCCCAGCCAGCCUCACCUCUGAAGCUACAUGAGCAGAAAGGCCUCCCCUGGCAAUUUGAGCAAAUGUUUCAUGUGAUAGGAAAUGAUUCUUCCAAAUUCUGGACCAUGUUCUCACAUUUGUUACUUGUCUAGCAUGAUUUGAAAGUAAAUAAACAGCUGCUGUCAGACGUUUUGGCAUGCCCAUUCUCCUGGCAAGGGGCUGCAGAGGUUUGGCUUGGCAGAAGUCAGAAUCUCACUCCUUCCACCGACUUACAGAGGAGUCCUGAAUCACCCAUAUAUAUACACUGUGUGCUAUGAGCUUUGAGGUGAGGGUGGCAUGAAUCUUUCAUGUCUUUGCUGGAGGCUUGUUCCUGGAAGACUGGGUAUAAGAAAGUUAUUAUUAAGGAUGUCCCCAAAAAGCAACAUCGGUAGCCUCUUUAAAAGUAGCCUGUGGAGUGGAGCGAAGGAAUGUUUAAGCAGCAAAGAAUAGAAAUAAGCAAUAGAUUUUUAUCUUUACAGAUUUAUAAACUGCUCCACAGCCAGAAGUUACUGAGACUUCACAUUACUUACUAGCAUUAUCCAAAACCAGCCUGUUUACCUUUUUCCAGUUAAACAUGAUAUCUGCUUAUAUUGAGUAUAUGGUUGACUUCUACUACUCCAGAAAUAUUUGUUUCUGUUGAUGAAAAUUACCUGGGGUGGUGUAACAUGUUACAUUGUUAAAAAUGUAUUCUAUUUUGCAUAGGCACAAGUUGUUUUACAAGGAAAAUCUAGGAGUGUAAUUAUCAGAGAGCUCCAGCGGACAAAUCUUGAUGUAAAUCUUGCAGUCAACAACUUGCUGAGCCGUGAUGAUGAAGAUGGGGAUGAUGGUGACGACACAGCGAGUGAAUCUUACCUUCCUGGAGGUUUGUAUUGGGCAAUGUUUCCCUUUUUUUCUCAUCAUUAAAAGCAAUAUUAAGUUAUUCUGUCAAAGUGCAAUAGACUUUCAGUUUGCAGUACUGGUAAAGAGUUAGCCUUAUGUUCUUUGCUAUGUACCCUAUGGAGAUGCAGAAAUAUUGAUUUCUCUUUGGUUCCAGUAAAUAAGAGAGAAAGUAAUAGGCAAGACAAAACUAAGGUUAACUUGUAUGGAAGUGAAUGUCUUGAGUUAAGUUAUUGGAUUUGAAGCAACAGUUCAGAGGUCUGGUAUAACGAAAGCUUGUACAUACUGUGACCAUCAUCAUUUAUCCCUGUUUAGGGAAGCUUUUAAUGUUUGAUGUAUUACAGUAUUUUAGUAUUUUUUUGGAAGCCACCCAGAGUGGCUGGGGAAGCCCAGCCAAAUGGGUGGGGUAUAAAUAAUAAAUUAUUAUUAUUGUUAUAAGAGGGUCUCCCCCCCCCCAAGCGUAAAGAGCUCUUAUUGCUAAGACCUUCUGUUUUGUAACUAUCAGGAGACAGUUAUGCUAGAAUAGCUGUACACUUAAAAUGUACCAGUCUUGAGUAAGUUGGCAUUUUAUAUAAUUGAUAGGCAUUCCUAUUUGGGGCAUGAUUUUCCAUACCUCAUAUGCACUUUCACACAAAGCCUGUAUAUGUAGAUCUCUAGACUGUGUUGCUCCUCAAAUACUGGAGAACCAGGGUGCACAAUUUGUCUAAUACAAAGGGCCACAGUGGGAAGCUUAUAAAGUGGGAAGCCUGUAAAUAAUUUGCAUGUUUGUUUUGACACGUGAAGAAUUAGCAAUUUUGUUUUAAUAUUGACAGCAGUUGACAUUACUGUUGUUGUGAACGGCAAGUGAUUCAUAAUGUAUGAUAUGCCAGGGACAACCUGGGUGCUUGUUAGGCAAAGGGCCUAUUUAUACAAUGUAACUUUGAGCCAUGUGAAGCUCUCCUUGAUAAUGACUGGAUACCAAUCUGUGUGAACUGUUCCUGGUGGCUGUUUUUAAAAAGGUUUUUAAAAAUUGUUGCAUUGGUUGGUGUGCAAAUUUUUGCCGUUUUGGGCCUUUUUGAAUGUGUAAAGGGAAGACUAUAAAUAUAUUUGGCUGAAAUCCUAAACUAGGGAGAAAGUUCUGUUGAUCAUAGUAGGGGCUUGCUUCUGAGUAAGCAGUCAAAAGUAUUGCGCUGUUAAUGCAUCCGGCUUUCGUGUUUCUCAUUCUAUAAAUAUGCUCUGCCUCUUGGCUUGUGCCUUGCCUUUGAGAUAAGGAACUAUGGCAGUCUCUAAACCUAGCUGCUAAAUUUCAUAUCUUCCAUAGAUGACUAUUUAAAAUAUUAAUAAAAUGCCCAAGCAAAAUCUUCCCUAUCUGCUCCUUUCUUUCAGCUAAAGUUUUUUUCAUGUCUCCAUAUCUCAUUCUUCUUGUCUUGAGCUUCUGUGACAGACAAAAGGAAGGGGGAUGAGAGUAUCUCCUACAUCCCCAACCCCUUUCAAAGGCUAGUGUUCUCUUAGACUGUCUUUUGCAGGGCUUGGUUUGCUUGUGUGAUUUCUUGUUGUUGGGACGAACUGAGCAUGCUCAGUGGCAGAUGAUUCACAGACAGGUAGACAAAGCACCACUUUUUUUACUCAUUGAAAUACAUAUUUGAAAGCAUGACUAUUAAAAAACCUUUAUUCCUACAAAGUGUGCUUACAGUUAUAGUGCUCCUGUUGCUUUGAGACAUUAAAUAUGAAUUAGGUAAAAUUUACUAAAACAAAACAAAACAAAACAAUUUACACAGCGAUACUUUUACCUCAGACAUGACAGCACUUUUGGGUCAGGGAGGUUUAUCACAUCCCUUGUAAGGUUCAAUAGAUGCUCAGCAAGUCCCAAUUUUGAGAUACAAGGCGAUGGUAUUCUAGGUGCAUGUUGGGGCACGUGCAUCUCCACCAAAAGGUAACUGCCAGAGUUGUCUCAUGUUGAUAAAAUAUGGACGUGAGACAGUCCUGAGGCUGCAUGAAAAAGGGUGCUGCUUGGAGAGCAAAGCCUUGCUGUUUAGUAUUUGCCUCCCUUUCCUGGUAUUCUAUAUACAUGGAAUUUUCCAGAGUUCAACAUUCUGGUUUCUUUGGUUAUUUAUCUUAACUUUGUGUUCUGAUGGCCAUUGUCACAGGAAAAUACUUGGCUUCUGAGCUGCAGCAGUAGUUUUGGUGUGGCUAUUGGAAUCUGUGUUGCAGCACUGAAGCAAAAUUAUUCAGCCAAGUUACUCCAUUGUUUUUACAGGAGAGUUCAGCUCUACUGUUUAUUUUUAAUGUGACCUUCAAAUUCUCAAUCAUCACUGUAUCGGGGGAUCUCAUAUGAAAUAAGCAUCUGUUGAAGGCUUUGAACAGUGCAUUAGGAAGAGGUCAAGUGGUGGUGUGCCUUAUUGGCUUUAGCUUUGUCUAGGUAUAUUUCAGAGGUAAUAGUUCACAGACAGAUAGUGAAAUAGGUGUUGUUGUUUUAGCAUGUUUAGAUUUGGGGCUUGUUUCAGUUACAUAUGUAGAUUUAUCCAGUUGGGUAUUUGGUGAUAUCUGUGUAAGGAAUGUUUUGUUUGGUACAUAGUACCAGUACCGGCACCUCUUUUUGUUGUUGUUAAAAAGUGUGGCACUUAACUGUAACAGCUUCAUGGUGAAUACCAGCACCAAUUUUUCUAGAAAAAAAGCACUGAUUACUAGUAAUUUAAAUUUUCAACACUUUUUUUAAGAGCAAGGGUGGGGAAGCUGUGGCCCUCCAGAUGUUGUUGGAGUGAAAUUUCCAUUGGCCAUGUAGUCCCAACAUCAUUUGUAGGGGCACAGAUUCUUCAUCCUUGUUCUUAGAGCAAGGAUUCCCAAAUCAUUGUCUGUGGACCACAAGUGGUCUGCAAGCUUCAUUCAGGUACCCUGUGAUAUGUGAGUAAAAGCACAGUUACAAAUCAUAUAGCAUUGGGCACAGCACAUUACAGUUGUUACAACAGGCAGAAAAAUUAUGAAGUGGUCUGCCAAGACCCUCAGCAACUUUCAAGUGGUUUGUGGGGAUUAUUUUUUGGGGCAGGGAUCUACUGUUCUAGAGGGUGCCAUGUGCAGAGAAGCUGAAAGUAAUUAGUGUUGAGGUUGUGAUUCUUAGGAUGGACGCUGAAAGGAUUGCAUAAACCUAUGUUUCCUUGACUUAGUGGAGGGAUCCCUGGGAUGGUGCAAGGUACCAGUGAAGAACAUUUUGGGUGAGGGAGGAAAGAAGCUGAAAACAAUUUUGCAUGUAUAAUUGGUAUCAGAUGUAUAAAAACAUCAGGGUUUCUCAAAGUUAAAGUGCCAGUCUCAAUGAGAUUACUUUAAAAGAGAGAUGUCCACGAUGGGUGGACGCAUUCAGUGCACCUAGAUGAGUACCCAUAGCAAGGCUUGUGGUUGGGAAUGUCUAUGGAAAGCCUAGUUAAUGUAAGAAGCGGGGUGUGAUUUUAUAGAGCUUGAAAAACACUGCCAGAAAUAUAAAAAUAUAUCUGCCGUCAACGUGGACAGCAUUUCCUGCUUUGUGUUGGAAAAUAAAUUUAAUAGAAUUUAACAGAAAGUCAGGAAGGCAGAUAUUUUUUUUCCAGCACCUAAGGUAGGAUCUUUAUCAUCUCAAGAUAGAGUAUUAAAAGACGGGGCACUGUCCUACCAUUAAAAUCAGUUACUUCAUGGUAGAAAAUGUAGAGUUUGUUUGGGGGGGGGCCAUGCUUAAGAGUUCUUGCAGAAGUUAUCAGCAGAUUCUAUUAAAAAUGACACUUUCCAGUUUAGGAAGUUAUUGUCUUAGUAAUAGGCAAACAUGAGCUUUAUUCGCUUUGGAGGAAGUCUUUUUUAUCUGCUUUCUUCUGGAACAUAAACUUAUUGAGCCUUGUUCUUUUUAUAUUGUUUAACCGCUUCCAGCUUUGAACCAUGUCUGGGUUAGUUUAGACCAAGCAGUUGAUAUAGCUAACAUUGGUUUCUUAAAUCAGGACAUUUUGCUUGAUCGCAUAUGUGAGCAGUAGGCAAUACAUCCGUACGCUAGGGAAUCUGAAGAACAGAACAUCAGUUUUUGUUGGUGGAUUUGUCUUGUUUGGUGAUGGUCUUUCAAGAUGAUAUUUCAAGUAGCUGAUAAUUCACCUCAGAUCCUUGUCUCCUCUUAUAGAGGAUCUUAUGUCUCUUCUGGAUGCUGACAUACAUUCUGCUCACCCAAGUGUCAUUAUUGAUGCUGAUGCUAUGUUUUCAGAAGAUAUUAGUUACUUUGGUUAUCCAUCCUUUCGGCGCUCAUCACUUUCCAGGCUAAGCUCGUCCCGAGGUAAUUUUGCACCUUUUUUUUCUUUGUAAAUAAGUAGCAUUGCUGUGCAGUACACUAGUUAUAGCACAUGCUGGUGAUUUUUGUCUUUAGUUUUGUGUGUACAACCCUUUUCUGUUUUAAAUAUAGAUAAAUAAAAUUUCUUGCAUUAAGCUGUAAAAAUUGUAUGAUGUAAGUGUGUGAAAUUAAUUGCUAGCAGUAUGUUUGAAAAGUUUGACAGGUGAAAUGUGCAUGAGGCUUUCAAAAAGCAAUCUGCCUAAAGCCGUUUUUUUAAAAACCAUGCCUACUUAGGGAGUACUUACUGAAAAACUCAAUGUUUUUCUCAUGCAACAUUCUGAAAGGGAGUUCAAUUGCUCAGUAUCCAUGGUACACAGGGAGUUUUGUGCCUUCCUGAGUCUGGAGGCAUAACUCAAUAGUAUAGUUAGAAGUCCUACAUCUGUUCCAGUAGGUAGCAUUGAAAGCUCUUCCACUGCUCCUUAUGCACUGCUCUAAGAGUAAACAUUUUCUUUGCAAAGCGUAGUAAUAAUGACAUACUCAACAAUAGGUCAGGCAAGCUGGAAUUUAACUGCAUUCUGAAAUGGCUUGCAGUGCUCAAAUUCCAUGUCUGUUAUCCAUAACCCAUUGCAAUGACAGAAUACUUUGCAUGGCGUCAAGUUCUAAGCAUGACUUGAAAAGCGUAUGAAAUGUAAUACCAGAUCUGAUACUUAGUUAUUCCUUCAUAGCUUCUUAAAAAUAACUAUUAUGCGUAUCCAUAACAUUUUGCCAAUUGUUAAUCCAACCUCUAUCAUGAUCUUCAUGGAGUAUUGCUCUGCCCAUUCCAAUUUUUUUUCUGUUAGAUAUUCCAAUACAUGAAUAUCUAAGUGUUAUCACAAGUUAGGAUCAGUAAAAUGGUUGCUGUACGUAUUAGGCAUAAUUUUAAUUUUCUCGACAUGUUAGAUUUAUCCAAUCUAGCGUCAUAAAAUUAUGACGUAGAGGAUUAGAACAAAAUACCUUGUCAUCAUUCUUGAGACAUGGUUCAGACAUAACAUUGAAGCUAGGGUUUAGGUCAGGGGUCGGCAACCUAAGGUCCAUGUGCCGGUAGCGGCCCACGGGCCUUGUCUAACUGGCCCAUGGCGACCCCUGCUCAUGUCCGCUCUUACCAGUGCGGCACGGGGACCAACUUCCGGAUUGAUGGCGCACAGGCGCUCCUCUGACCCAGAAGAGUGCUCGUGCGUACAUGCUCCGGCCCAUCCUACAACUGAUGGAGUGUAAACCGGCCCAUCAUCUGGUAACCUUGCCGACCCCUGGUUUAGGUGUUGAGUGCAGGCUGCAGGAUCACAUGCAUCCUCCUCCUACCUCUUCGAGUGCACACACUUUGUCUUCAGUUUCUACAUUAAAAGAGAGACGAAACCAUUAGGGUUCUUGGAAUGAGUUUAUUACAUGCUUGGUUUCAUCUUAACUUGGAUUGGCAAUGGCCGCAUGUAAUUCCAAAGCUGGAGGGAGGAAAGAAGCGGAAUUUAUGCAGAAGGUGGUGGGGAGAAGCUUUACACGAUCCUCUAGUCUACGCUUCAUCUCUAAAAGCUGUUUUAAAUGUGCUUAAGUUUGACCUAUUUGGCCCAUUUCCCCACAGUGAUCUUGGGGAUGGGGACUGGGUGGACUUAGAACAGCCAGAGUUGCCUUUUGAGGGGGGUGGUAUAUUGAAUGCAUUUUGGGGGACAAGAGGGCUUACCUAUACAAUAUGAGGUGUCUGAGGGUUUCCUUAAUGUUUUUACUUUUUGUUCAUCUAAAUAAAUAAAUAAAUAAAUAAAUAGCGCCCCCCCCCCAAGUACACCCCUCUCCUCCUCCUCUUCCCUAACCCAAAGGCAUAGUUCUGGUGUAAACAAUGGCAAUAAAAUUCAUACAAGCACAGAAGUGGAGAGAGACUGAAAAUGACUUAUAUCAGUAUGAAGGAAAACGUUAUCACAACUGCCUUUUUGUUCAAAUGGAAGAUUUUUUACUGCUGUUUGAAGCAGUGAACACAAUCGCUCAUCAUGAUUUAGUCAUUCCUAUUUAGCAUUUUAUAGGACCUAUCAACAGACGGUCAAUUUCAGCUCUCUUUCAAGCAGAAGGAAACCUUCUUUGCUUCUUGAUUAACUUUUUUUAUUUUGAAGCGUAAGGAACCCUCCACCACCUCAUAUCGUAGAGGGAGGCUUUUCUCAAUUUGUUGAAUUUGCCUUACCAGCCCCCAAAGUUGCAGAAAAUGUCCCCCAAAACCUUUUCAUGGGGCAUGAACACUACCAUUAGGGUGGGAGAUGAUUUUUGGCCCAGCAUUAGUCCAAGUAGAUGGGUCAUGGGAGAUAAAAAGAAAAGUUGUUAGGAAUUGGGCUGUAAAGCAAAGGGGGGGGGAGAAGAGAAGAGAAGUAAGCUAUGUGGAGAUUAGUUUUGAAAUAAAGGAAGAGAAUGAAAUGACAGAUACCAGAAGGAAAAAGAGAGCAAGGAGGAAAGAUGAGAGAUUUGUUCUUAAAAAGUUUAUCAAUACAAAUGAAGACUCGUAUGUGAAAUGCAUUAUGUGCAUGUAUAUUCAACCUCUGACUUUUCUUAAAUCACUCCCUUUUUCCUUUCUAAGGUUAUUUCUAUGUUAAGAUGAAAAAAAUCCUUAUUUUCCAUGUAUAUUUGACUCUUGGAUAUUUAGCUUGAUUACCUGACUUAAAAUUUUAAUUGUAUGAGAGAACUGGAGAGUACUGGCUUUAGACAAUUUUAGGCCAAUUGGAGGGAAAGCAUUUUGGUAAGGAACAUUCUCCUUCAAAAAUCUUUUUUUAGAACGUUGUCUGACUACAAAAAUUUUUAGUUAAGCAACUUUGCCACAAGCUUUUAAAAAUCAAAGCAAGUCCUAUAUGUUUGUUUAAAUGAAGGGGUUGGAUUAGCAAAUUUUACAGAAGUUUAAGAUUGUUUUUUAACCUUUUCAAGUGGUGGUGGUGGUGGUUGGGAAAAAUUCUGAGACUCUCUAAUAAACACUCCUUUUUGGUUAGCUUAAAAAGUCUCUAAAAGAGACAUUGCCUUGUUUGGUGGCAUCUAUUUUUCUUGCUGUUCUUUGAUAAGAUCACCCACAAUAUACUCUUUGCAUAUGGUACUACAAAAAUCUUAAAUCACCUUUUAUCUCAUCCUAAGUAAACAGUGAGGUAAUUUUUCUUCUUCUGUUAAUUCAUUUUUUUGAGUAGCUUGAAACUUCAGAUUUUGAACUUUAUUUCUAGUCUCAUUCUUGCAUUUCAAAUUAUUUUGGCAGUACCAAAGUACAUAUGCUUGAAAGGGUUAAUAUUUUGAGUGUUGCAUGUCAUUUUUAUAUUUACACUUAAGUGAAAUCUAUAAGUAGAUUUUAACUGCUGUUAGUUGCAUCCUGAAGGGUCUUUACUAGAGAGUGGCUUACUUUUAUCCCACUGGUGUGACCCAAUUGCAUACCAGUUCUCCUUCUUCCCUUAGAGAGAGACUCUGAGCUGUUGCGUGAACGUGAGUCCGUUUUACGUUUGCGUGAAAGAAGGUGGCUUGAUGGAGCCUCAUUUGAUAAUGAAAGAGGCUCUACAAGCAAAGAAGGGGAGCCAAACCUUGACAAGAAGAACACACCUGUCCAAAGUCCGGUCUCUUUAGGAGAGGACUUGCAGUGGUGGCCGGAUAAGGUAUUUUGGUUGUAUUUUAUUUUUAUUAAAAAUGCAAAAAUUGGAAUAUAUUGUAUUGUCUGUAAAUGUGGAUCUUUCUCUUUCCUCCCCCUGCCACCUUCCUCAUCAAAUGCCCCUGCGUGUAAAUCCUAUAUUAUGGACAUGUUUACAUUGAAUGUGGAUCAUUCGUGUUCAUGUCACUUCAGUUUUGAUGUGUUGCUCAAUCAUAAACUCAUUCACUUGGAAAAUUAAGUAUUGUUGAAUUUAAUAGAAGGGAGUUGCUUGAAUGGAAGUGUGCACAGGCCUCCUGCCUUAAGUAGUUUAUAGUUAGCAUCCCUUUCACUUGGACAGAAAAUUAAUUGUGUCAACUGAUAUUUUUUGGGAGCCUGAACAAGUACUCUUCUGUCUUUAUCAACGCGUUUGCCAACCUUUGAAGCAAUGGGGUGAUUUUUUUUUUAAGCUGAUCCUUUGCGUUUCUUCUGUCUAUUCUUUCCCCUUUCACCAGUUGGUUCGCUUGUUUUCUGUCACCUUGCGGAUGAAAGAAUUCAUCUUCACACUGUUGCUGUUAUUUUCCUCCUUCAUUCGAGAAGUGUGAUUAUUUGUUAGUGUCAGCUGAAAAUGAUUCCUUUUGCUCUGAUGGUAUAAAAAACAGCCAUGAACCUAUUUCUCUUUUCCUCCCUGCCCUUCUAAGGAACAAAUGUUGUGAAGAGUGGGUGGGCCAUAUGAUAUAUAUUUAGCUUAAAGAACUUUACUAUUGCUAGUGGUCCUAUCUGAAUGGACAUGAGCUAUUUUGUCUUUCAAACUACUUCCUAUAUUUGUGCCUUCCUUUCCCAGAAGACUGAAAGCCAGUCUGGACUCUUAAUUAGUGUAGGCAAGUAUCUGCUCCCCUUCAUUAUUUGCUUCCAAUAUUUUGGGGGUACAUACUGUGAAGUAGCCUUUUCACAAAGCAGGAGAUAUAAUUAAAUGGGUAUCUGAAGUGCAGGAGAGUCUUGAGAACAGUGGAGUCUAGAGGAAGCUGCAAAUUUCAGGGAGGGAUCUUUUCAGUCCUACCUGGCAGGAGCUGAAUCGGGGACCUCUUGCAUGCAAGCCAUGCACUCAGUUGCUGAGCUACAGCUGUUGUGAAUUAGCAGAAUCUUACACGAUGCAGUGGGCUUAUUUUUUAACCUGAGAUGCCCAGCACAGGAACAUUAAGCUGUUGGCCUGUUUAUUCCAUUCUCAUCUCUCUUGGAUUUGUAUUCUCCUGGGUUCAGUUUAAGACACGCGUCAUCAGUCAAGCUUCCUGGCUUGCUUCUUCUUUGGAGAAUCGAAGAAUGAGGAGGCUUGCUGUGACAUGAUAUAUAAUGUCCCUGCCUAGAGCAAGGCAAGAGAAGUGGGACGAGAGAACUGACCACAACUUUAUGUGCUUUAAACAUUUUUGGAGUACUUGCAGUUAAAUGGCUGGGGAAGAUGGAAGGACAAGAUAUAAAACAUGUGUCCAAAGUUCAGUAGAGUCUUUUGGAUUAACAGAAUACAUCACUAAUCCUCAGUGAUCAGGUAGAAUUUGGAUCAAAAUGUUUUAUGCUCCAUUGAAAGGUCACAGCAUUUCACCACACCAAUUCAAGUGGUUAUCAGAAAGCUGUUAGGCUGAAUGUAAAGGUAAUUCAAAAAUAGGCACUCAGUUUGUUUCCGUCAUGAUCAGUUUCCAAAAAGAUUAUCUGCCUCUUGAUGCAAGCAUAAUAUGUGUUCAAAACUGCAUAGCACCUGGUUUUCUUUUGCUGCUUCCAUUGUUUAUAUUCUCUCCUUAAUUCAAGGAGAAAUUCCAAAUCUUGGAAUUCCAUGGUUUCUUUCAUCUUAACAAAUGACCUCCUCAAUUCAUGCAUAAUAGUCCAGCAAUUCCUAUCUUACCCAAGCUUGGUCUGUUUUCUUCUUCCUGAAAAUCCUGACUUACUCAGGAGCUUUGAUUUUAAUAAUUCAAUAAUUUGUUCAAAGCACAACAGCAUUUCUUCAGCUUCUCCAGAUGAGGUUUCUACAGAUGACAGCAAAACAUUCCGUCAUUUCUUUUGAAUGAAGACUAAUUCAAAUUCAGGUGGCCACCAAACCCUCCUUUGUGACACCUCUUCUAUAUUACUCCAAGGAUUGGUUUCUGUAUAGGACACUUCUCAGUCCUAAUAGAACUAGAAACUCUUCCACUUGUAUAGCCAGUGUUAGAGGAAUGACCAUAUAAUCCACUACACUUGUUCCUUUGUAAAACCUUUCUCAUUUCUUCAUCUACAACCAUUGAACCACUGAGUAUACAGAAGUUAGCAUUGCCUGAUAAAUCUUUCAAGAGUCACUUGUGCUGUUUUGGUUUUAGAACCCCUUAAAUUUCAGUUCUGAAAUUACGCAGAACCCACUAAUGACACAGCCCAAACCUUAUCAAUGUCAAAAAUAAAAUACAAUCUAGAAUAAUUAUUUUUACCCAAUAUAAAACUAUGUCUGAUAACCUGUCAACUUCUCACAGACACCAAAUGGUCUGAACCGUUCUUUUUCUUUGUGAUGAAUUUAUAAUAUAUGUGAGUGUUUAGCACUCAUAAUAUUGAAGUUUUAAGCUUCACUUGUUUGCUUUUAUAGGAUGGGAUGAAAUUUAUUUCUAUUGGUGCUCUGUAUUCUGAGCUUGUGGCAGUGAGCAGUAAAGGGGAGCUGUAUCAGUGGAAAUGGAGUGAAUCUGAACCUUACAGAAAUGCACAGGUAUGUCUAGCUAUGUUCUGUAAAAUGUGGUAAUCUCUUGUAUACAAAAAUGUAGUUGCUUUUAAAAAAGUACAGAGCUUCCUGUGCAUCUUUAAAAAUUCUUAUUACAAACUUUAUUGAAUUUUUAAAUAAACAAUUACCAAGCAUAGUGUUGUCUUGCAGGACAAAUACACAUUCAGAAGUUAAGUCUUGUGUGCAGUCAUCCACAUGGUAUCAAAGCAGAUUUGGAAAAUCUUUUACAUUACAGUUGUUGCUUUGAUUACACUUCAGUGUGAAUAGCGAGCUCGCCGUGCCUAGUGCUGGAUCUGGAAAGCCACUGCCAGUUCCUCUUCCUUAGCAGCUUCGCCAUUUUAAUUGAAGAUUACAGUGGCUGGGAGAAAGUCAGUCAGGAAAGGUUUGCCUCCGGCUGUGCUUGAAAUUGUGCAUCUUUCCUCCUUCCCCUCAGCAGCAGCAGCAACCUGAGAGCUGGAGAGGAGCAGCCAUAGCAAAGUGGUGGGGCUCUUUGAUGUGUUGCUUGGCUUCCUUGUAACGUUCUGUCAUAUAUGAAUAGCGCCCAUUUGCUUCUAUGGCAAAAGGUAUACCAUUGCUCUUGGUAUGGGGUAAUGACUGUUCCCUUGUUAUGACUUGGGAGAGAGACAAAGACUAGGUCUCCCUCCCUGCCAAAUGUUUGGUAGCCACAAGUGUUAUUUCAGUGGCGGCAUUUUAAAAUAUUGUCUGCUUCAUUUUUGUUUCAAAGAAUCCUUCUAUACAUCACCCACGUGCCGUGUCCCUGGGAUUAACCAACGAGAAGAUCGUCCUCCUUUCUGCAAACAGCAUCAGAGCAACUGUUGCCACAGAAAACAAUAAGGUACGAAACACUGAGGAUAAAAUUCAGUGGUUUUAAUCUCCUCCUUGCAUUGCCAUUCUAUAGAAAAAGAUUACAGCUGGCCUUCAGCAAAUCAUUUGCAGAGAUUGGUUUUGCGAAUAACCUUGAAGCAAGAACUUUUCAUCACAAAAACAAGCCAGGGCGUGCUAGAAAGAAGAUAAAAGAAUGUUUUGACUCCAUUUGCUGUUAAAAUUGAGGAGACUUUGGCCUAGUAACAAAAUUAAAGAAACCUUCCUUCUUUAGAAGAAGAAUCCAUAAGAAAAAAAGGAAGCUGCUGUAAAAGUAGAGAAUGUGUAAAGCAGGGGUGGCUAUCCUGUGACACUUCAGAAGUUGUUGAACUAAAGCUCACAUCAUCCUCGACAGUUGGCCAUACUGUCUGAGACCGACAGGAGUUGUAGACUGUCAAAAUCUGGAGGGCAACAGGUUAGCCAUCCCUGGUAUAAAGCAGGGGUAGGCUCUUGAGUCAUUCUUGGCCUUGUGUCUUAGAAAGCUUAUUUUCCAUAGAAAUGUAGCACUUAAGGUUUCAGAACUAGGUUUGUCUUCCUUAAUGACAAACUUCCCCUUGGUCUCAAGUGACUAACAAGUAGUUAGUCCAUUAUAUUAAAAGUUGCUAAUCCAAAUAUUCUAGCAUAAUAUUCUGAGAUCAAGUAAUUUGGUUUCUAAAUAAAGAUUUCUAAAUAAAGUCCAGGCACUCUGUGCUCUCUGCUGGAUGCAUAUCGUGGCUCCACCUACGAAAGCUUCCUGUUCAUUUCAAGGAAGUGAGGAGUGACUGUCUACAAAGGCGUGCACACAAGGGUACAGUGUGGGAGUUCUGUGAUAAUGUGAACUACUUCUGGCUUGAUAAAAUGGUUGUAGCAGGGCCAAGGCAUGCUUAGAACAAAAAGGAUUGAAGCAAAACUUCAAAGCACUAUACUGGAAGUGGUUGCACCUGAAUAAUCUCAAGAUUAUUUUCUCAUUGUUUUGUAUCGUGCCCUGCAUGAAUACAAAGUCAUAUUUGUGUUAAGAUCCACUCCGGGGCUGUGCUCUAUUCCUUUUAGGUAGCUACCUGGGUAGAUGAAACCUUGAGUUCUGUGGCUUCUAAACUAGAACAUACGGCACAGACGUACUCUGAACUUCAAGGAGAGCGGAUAGUUUCCCUGCAUUGCUGCGCUCUUUAUACCUGUGCUCAGCUGGAGAAUAACCUGUACUGGUGGUAAGUGUAUAUUUCAGUUUAGAGUCCAAAUAAUGGUUUUUUGCUCUUUGAAAAACAAUAGAAGAGAAGUUGACAUCGGCCUUGUUCACAUGUCAUGGUAAACAGCAGUUAAUGGUUUACUAAGAAUGUGCUGAUCUUGCCCCCUGGGCUAUUGCCUGACUAAUGAAUGGGAGAAACAAACCAUGGACUCAGCUACAUUAGUCAAGAAACAGCAUUUUGAAUGCGUUAUAAACAUGCAACACCAGAUGGUGCCAGAGAGCAAAAAAAAUUAUAAGUGAUUUUCCAUAGCGUUUUCUCCCCUUUUGUUAUAACGAUUUAAUUUCUGACUUAUUCAUAGCAUUUCCCCCUGUGAUUUCUGCAUGAUUUGUGGUUUUGCAUUAUGUUGAAACCAAAGAUUAUGGUUUGUUUGCUUCAGACUACAACCUGUGGUCAAGGUUUGUUCUUAGCUCCCUAAGCAUUAUUUGUUUGACUGAAACUAACCAUUAUCCCUAGUUUUGACAUAAAGCUAAAACAGUGAUUGUGGCUCAUACAGCAUACAGGAGCAAAGUGGGUAAGAUUGGCAUGUUAACCAAAUAAACCAAUAACUGGUUUACCAUGGUGUGAACUGGGUCACUAAGGUACAUUGAAUUUACCCAUCCUUGUUCAUAUGCAUGUUUCUCUUUUUUUAAUGGAACUGAAUUUUCCCUUCUGGUUAGGAUUCUUUAGGAGGUUACAUUGCUUUGAAGAAAGGACUGUUCUUGGAUCAAAGAGAAACAAAGCAUGCUCUUGUCCUUAAAGCAUUUAAGUGACUUGACACUGAAUUAUUUUAAUGAAUUUUGUAUUUAGGAUGCUUUCAGAGUUAGAAGAGCUAAUGCUUUAUUACUGUAACAAACCUUCACAGUUCUACGACAAUAGAUAUUCCACUGCAUAUGACAUAAAAUCUGUAAAUAAAUGUUUAUACAAGGCUGAUACCGCUAUCGGAGUUGUCUAAGACACAACUGUGAUUAUUAUAGUUGAGGUAUUUCAUCACAGGUGGUUUAGCAUCUUCUGUAGAAUCAGUCCAGUUUUGUAUUGGCAGUCGGUGGGUGACUACAUAGGUAUUGUGUCCUUUGGGGGUUUCACUUGUGAAAAUAUGAUUAGAAGCAGGGGUGCAAUAUAGAAGUUCUAACUGCUUAAUUUUACUUCCAUUCCUUCAUUGGGGCCUUAUGUCUAAACUAACACAAAAGGCAAGUUGCUUAUUAAUAGUGUUAGUUGAUUUUUGUAAAUAGGAUUUUAUGUGUAAUAAGAGUGUCGGUUUGAUAGUGCAGGGAGGAUAUUACUCUGUAACUGUCUAAACUCUUCUGUGCUUUUGCCAGGCUGUGCAGAUUUGUAAUGGCUUAAAGCCUUUAUCUAUAGAUGAAGUUUUCUUAAUUCUUCCAGACAAUGAUUAAAAAGGUGACUUGAAAUUGACCAUGAAUGUAUUCCUUAUCAAGUUGUAUCAAAAUUUUAAUAACGUUAUUUUGUUUCAUAGUGCAUAUUGUAUACAUUGUUUGAAGAGGACUUUGUCUGGAAAUGUAGCCUAAAAAAUCUUUUAAUAAUUAUUAAAUUGAAUCAGAUUAGUAGUGCAGGAGAACCAAUGUGUCCUUAAAUGAUUCAACCAUUUAAGUGGCAUUGGUCAGCAAUGGUUGGUUAUGAACAGUUCCACUGGCUGCACAGAUCAUAGCAGGAACCUUCUAGAAAGUUCUGAAAGAUUAGGAGUGCUUUCCCCCUCCUGCCCCAUGGACUGCCACAUUCCACACGUUGGAAAAGAGGUGAAACCAUUGCCUUCCCUCUGUUUCUUUCUGGUCACAAAAUUUGAACCCUGAAUACAAUUGCUUGUUUUUUGCUUUAUCCUUUUUAUGAAAACUAUUUUCCACUUUUCUCCCCAGUCAGUAAGGCUCUGCUUAAUUAGGGUUGGGAAUGUGGUAGCAAGAUCUCAGUCAGAUUUUCACAACUCCUGCUUUGCUUUCUUAGGCAGCAGUCACAAUUGUUGAAACUUGUAGUUGGCUCUGAAUGCUUUAUGCAUGAUGUUGCUGUAUUGUUUUAUUGUAUUGUAUUCUUGGCAUGUUGAGUUUUGUAUGCUGCCCUUGCUUGAGUUAGGAUGAAGGGCACUUUAAAAAUACUUCAAUUAAGAAAUCAAUUCAAAAGCAAGUCUUUGGUCAUGCUGUAUACAAUGGUUUGUUGGUAGAACUAAGUGGGAAAAGGCUGCCUCUGUCUCCUUGGCUGCUGUGUAUGACUGAGGAUUGGCAGCAUCCCUGAGCUUUCAGUUUUUUCAGACUUUCUUGGAGGGACCUGUUUGGUUUACACAGACUCAUUUCCCAUACAUAUGACUGCAUGGGAUACUCACUGAAGGAACCUGUAAGCAGGAAUAAUGUUUUCAGAAGCUCAGCUUCUCAGAUCUUUUGAAAAUGCUCUGCCUUUUUUCCUUUUAAUCAAUACCACAUCACCUUGAAAAUCACAUUUAUGCAUAAUAAAGACAACACAGCUCUUUUUUUUUUUUUUUUUUUAACCUUAUAUUAGUAUUUUUCCUCCUAGGGGUGUAGUUCCUUUUAGCCAAAGGAAGAAGAUGCUGGAAAAGGCUAGAGCCAAAAAUAAAAAGCCUAAGUCUAGUGCUGGUAUCUCCUCAAUGCCAAAUAUCACUGUUGGUACUCAGGUAUGUAGAGGCUUACUGUGUGACAUUUUAAAGCUUUGAGAAGGAACAAAUCCACCAUUAAGACCCUUUUUAUGAUGCAGUGACAUGUGCAAAUAGUCUGCAGAUAGACUCUAAUGCAAGUGCUCCCAUAACCUGAAGUGACAGAGCUUAAACCACCUGUUCAUAUGCGGCUCUGUGCUGUGAACUAGCUGCAACCAUAUUAGGCUCUUGCCUUUCUUCUCUGCGUUGUCACUGAUGCUCCUAAAAAGUUUCCGAUAUGCUGGUGUGCCUGUAGUUGCCCUUUUGCCUUAACCUUUUCCUUCCCUUCAAACCGGGUGCCCUUAUUAGGAAACUAUGUGGUAGGAAAAAAGGUAGCCAAUGUGGUUCCCUCCAGAUACUGUUCGAUAACAAUUCCUAUCAGUCCUAACCAGCACAACCAAUUGCUAAGGAUGAUAGGAGUUGUAGUCCAGAAACUUCUGGAAGGUGCACCCUAUUGGCUACACCCAUUCAGAGACUUUUGCAGCUAAGAUAGAGAUAAUAUUCCAUAUGUCACUACUAAAAAACCUGAUAAAAUUAUAUUAAGUACUUAACCUCUUCUAAGUGUUGUUUUGCUUACAUAGUUUUGAUUCUUCAUUUGGCAUGAAUGGGACUUUAGGGUGAAGGGUGGGUAACAAACAAACAAAUAAAAAGAGUUGUUUACCCCCCUUGUUGAUUGAUUGCAGGUGUGUUUGAGAAAUAAUCCUCUCUAUCAUGCUGGAGCUGUUGCUUUUUCAAUUAGCGCUGGGAUUCCUAAAGUUGGCGUCUUAAUGGAAUCUGUUUGGAAUAUGAAUGACAGCUGUAGGUUUCAGCUCCGGUCACCAGAGAGUUUAAAGAACAUGGAGAAAGCUAGUAAAACAACUGAAGCAAAGUAAGUGUUCUAAACUUUUGACAGGGACACAGUAGACGGUGGCGGAAAAAGAUCUUGAACUGGCAUUAGAUUGUGGGUCUCUGUACUCCAGCUCCUCACUGUUUCCAUAAAUGAAACAGAUAUGAGUGCAAUAGAGGGCUGUAAAUAUUGCUCUGAAGACUGUUUAGCAAAUACUUGAAAGAAGCAAGUCACACAAAGAAUGUGCUUUGCAUUGCCUUUUCAUACUGACAAACCACAUACUUAAGAGUAUGUUGAUUUCCCCCCAAUACAAAUUAAUGGUUUGAAAAUGGCCAUAAACAGUUCUUCUGUAUAUUGUUGCAGUAUAUAUUUGCUGUUAUAUUGCAUAAGCAAAAACUUCUGUUGACUUAAGAAACAAUUCAGAAGUUAGUAUCUCUGUCCAAAGUGUUAACUAGUUUUCACAUUGUAUUCAUGGAAAAUAAAUGUAACAACUGCCUUGUUUUUUAAAAAAAUAAAUCCUAGGCCUGAAAGCAAACAGGAACCAGUGAAAACUGAAAUGGGUCCACCACCGUCUCCAGCUUCUACCUGUAGUGAUGCUUCUUCAAUAGCAAGCAGUGCAUCAAUGCCAUAUAGUAAGUCAUAUGGGGAGGUUUUGGGGUUUUUUUGCCUUGUUGAAAUCCACUGUGGUGCAACGUCUGCCAAUUAUAUUAAUGUAUCCAUAUUUAAUUCCUGAAUAAUGUAAGAAACAGUGUUCCAUAGAGGAAUACUUGCAGGAUAAAAUUAGCAAAAUACCAACUUAAGUAGAUGGCACAAACUUCACAGAAGGCACUUCCUGUGAAAAGUGACAUAAGUAGCCAUGUGCUUGUUUUUAGACAUAGAAUAUGCGUGUCGCAGACAUGCUACAAAGGAGACUUUUAAUCUGUUACUUUUUUUCUUAAGAGCGGCGGCGAUCUACACCUGCCCCAAAGGAAGAGGAGAAAGUGAAUGAAGAACAGUGGUCUCUUAGGGAAGUUGUCUUUGUGGAAGAUGUUAAGAAUGUUCCUGUUGGGAAGGUUUGUAUAAAAUAAGCUUUCUUAGUUUCCUUUAAUUUGCUGUGUACCAAUCCUUUAAAAAUGGAUAGAAGAAAGCUGUUUUACAGCAAACCUAGCCAUAGUGGUUUGAAAUUGUAUUGUUGGUGAAAAUCUGGUUUUGUGUGGUGGCACUGCUUGCUUUUCUGGAUGGUUUAAGUACAGUUUAAGAUUCCCGAACCCCCAUUUCACUUCAGAGAGUUUGUAAUUCUGCUUCAACACUAUGCAAUAUGUUCUCUUUUAUAGGUACUGAAGGUGGAUGGUGCUUAUGUUGCUGUAAAAUUUCCGGGGACAUCUACUACUGCAAAUUGUACAAACAGCUCUGGUUCGGAUCCUGAUCCAUCUUCUCUUCUCCAAGAUUGUCGGUUGCUCAGGAUAGAUGAGCUCCAGGUAUGUUUGCAAUGCCAGGACUUUGGCCCUUGAAGCUGUUAUCUCUGCUGUGGCCACAGUUUCUAGAGUUUAUGUUCACUUCCAUCACUCCAUCUCAAAGAGGUGUCAGACUUUGAGAAUAUAAGAACCAGAGAUAUUAAAAGUAAAGUCUUCAGAAGUUGCAUAUUUUUUAGUUUAGAAAGACAGACAUCUAAGGGGAGACAUAAGUUAGAUUUUAGAAAUUACACACAGAGUAAUUUUUCUUUUAUAAGAAUCUGGAGUCUGUGACAUUAGGCAGUAGGUUUGGAACAGGCAAAAGAAAGAACUUCACGCAACACAUAAAUUACUUUAAAUACAUGGCUGGGAUGUAGUGCUGGUCAUUUGUUUAGAUGGCAUUAAAAAGUGUAGACCAAUUCAUGGGUUGAUCAUUGUCUAUUAGCUAUGACAGCUAAGUGGAGCCCUCACAUUAAUAGAUGACAUACUUAUGCUUAUCACAUGCUGGGGACAAAAAAGAGGGGAUGGCCUUCACCAUCAUGCACGGCUAAUGAGCUUUUUAGGCAUCUGGUUGGCUGCUGUUGCAGAAGAAUCCUAGUCUUUUCAAGCAAAUUGUACAUUCUUAAAGAGGGGGGAAUUUAGCCAAUUCUGUAGAUUGCAUUGGAUGUACAGAAAUCUGUUUUUGUUACAGGUGGUAAAAACUGGUGGGACACCAAAAGUUCCAGAUUGUUUUCAGAGGACUCCUAAAAAGUUAUGUAUUCCAGAAAAAACAGAAAUCCUAGCUGUGAAUGUAGAUUCCAAAGGUAAGGAUGAAGGGUUUUUUCCCUUCUCAUUUUAUCUAUUGCUUGCUUUAGAAAAAAGAAAGGUACUUAUCCUAUUAGAGAAUUGUUAAACUGAGUCAUCUUAAUUUCAUUAAUCAAUAUUUGCUAGUUUAAUGGUUUUAAAUAUUUUUUGGAGCAAAUAAUUUGUUGGUCAGUGUUCUUUUUUGCACACUUUCAGGAGUACAUGCCGUCCUGAAGACCGGGAACUGGGUUAGAUAUUGCAUAUUUGAUCUUGCAACUGGAAAAGCAGAACAAGAAAACAAUUUCCCCACUAGCAGUAUUGCUUUCCUUGGGCAGAAUGAGAGGAGUGUUGCUAUUUUCACUGCUGGACAGGUUUGUUUCCUCUCAGCUUCAUGCGUUUUAAAUGUUUCCUACCACCCUAAAAGUACCUCUUUAAUGGGUUACUUAAUGUUGAUAAAUGAUUCUAUUAAACAAGAAAUGUAGAAAAAUAAAUCAUCAUGGCAGACUUAACUUAACUGUCAGUGCUCCUGAUCCCUUUCUGGUGAAGGAAGUGGUAAAGAAAAAGAAAAAGGUGGGUAGAUCAAUGUUAUAGUGAGGGAUAAGCCUUUGUAAGCUACUGACACAAGUUAAUGGAUCUUGGGAAGAUCCAUCUUGCAUGCUUCUGAUAUUGGAUAUUGUAGUAAUGUAUAUGUAUUCCCCUAUUCAAACCGCACAAAGAAAGCAUUUGAACUUGGUCUUCUAGUCCGUUCUGGAUAUUUGCAGGAGUGUUCGGUGAGGACGACAGGUACUACACCUGUUGUCUGACACAACCUGGAGGGAUGCCGGUGGCGCUGUGGUCUAAACCACUGAGCCUCUUUGACUUGCCAAUCAGAAGGUCGGCCGUUCGAAUCCCCGCAACAGGGUGAGCUCUCAUUGCUCUGUCCCAGCUUCUGCCAACCUAGCAGUCCGAAAGUAUACCCGUGCAAAUAGAUAAAUAGGUACCGCUGUGGUGGGAAGGUAAACGGUGUUUCUUUGCACUCUGGUUUCCAUCACGGUGUGCCGUUGCGCCAGAAGUGGUUUAGUCAUGCUGGCCACAUAACUCAGAAAGCUGUCUGUGGACAAACGCCGGCUCCCUCGGCCAGAAACGAGAUGAGUGACGCACCCCACAGUCGCCUUUGACUGGACUUAACUGUCCAGGGGUCCUUUACCUUUACCUUACCUUACCUGGAGGGAGAGGUAUCAGGUGAUGGAGACGUCAGCACUGUGUGGGCAUAUCAGCAGGAACACCAGACGGGCUUCAUCAGUGCAUCUAUGUUGAUAUGUCAGGUGAUAGAGCUACAAAGCAAUAACGAAUGAGAAAAAUAAUGACAAUUUAAAUUCUAUAAAAAUCUACUUUUUGUGCAGGAAUCUCCAAUCAUUCUUCGAGAUGGAAAUGGCACUAUAUAUCCAAUGGCAAAAGAUUGUAUGGGUGGAAUAAGAGACCCUGAUUGGCUUGAUCUUCCACCUAUUAGCAGCCUGGGAAUGGGAGUUCAUUCCUUAACAAACCUUCCUGCCAAUUCAACCAUCAAAAAGAAAGCUGCUAUCAUUAUAAUGGCUGUUGAGGUAAUUCAUAUAUAUAUCUGUCAUACUCUCUCUUAGAGACAUUAUCUUGCACCACCUGGAUUACUCAGUGUUUUCAACUGAACUUUUCCUUUUUACAAAUAUAUCUAAAGAGAGUUAUCUUAGAUAUGAGAGCUCUGUGACAAAAGUAGCUUACUGCUAGUUACAAAAUGCAGCUGUCUAAAUUGAUACUUCUAGUUUAAAGUCUAUUUUUUUGUUCAAAUGUUUGCUAUUACUGUUUAUAGGUGCUCUGGACCUAAAUUCUCUUUAAUGCAGGGAGAAAAUGUGAUUUUUAAAAAACAUAGCUUAAUCCACAUUUCCACUUAUAAGUGGGUCAGGAAGGGCAAACCCAAAAGAGCCACAUAGAUUCAUAGAAUCACGUGCAAAUAGUUGUGUAUGUUCAUCUUCUCUCUGUUUUACUGUGAUAGCAGUUUUGGAACAUCAUUUUCGGAUGUUGUGAUUUAUUUUAAAAAAUUCAUCCACUCCAGAAAUUAACUUUAAAUAACAGUUUUUAAUAAGAUGGGAUAUCUAGGUAUUCAAAAUGCUUUUAAAAACAAUGCUAAAAUAGGUUAUAGUCCUUUUUAUUUAAAUUCCAGUAGCAAAUUAAAACUUUCCUUUUAAAACAAGCUUUGAUUCUGUUGCUUAAAUAUUGAUUUCUAGUACUAGUGUGUUUACUUUUUAGUUGGUUUUUAAAUGUUGUUAAUUUGUGUUUUCAUAACUGGAUUAUCGUUGCUUUUAUGUUUGCUUUUUAUUUGUAAGCCACUUUAGACAACUUCUUUAUGAAAGGGAUAAAUGGGAUAUAAAGAUUUUUAAAAUGUAAAUAAAUGUAUAACUAAAAUUUGUUUGCCACACAUACAAUUUUAAAAGCAUUGCAGCUGGGAUAUAGGAUUCCCAACCUGCCUGCCCUGAAAUCAGUUUGUUGAUCCUGCAUUUGACAGCUAAAAUCUUAGUUUAUCAUUUAAAUAUAUAGUACUUUUAAAAUGUUACACGAUCAGUUUUAGGUAUUUAUCUCAUUUGUAUCCCGUACUUGGUUUAGGUCAGGAUAAAGUACUGAUGCUAUAAGAGGCUGCAGAAUGUAGCAUAGGGCAAGGGAAUGUUGCUUGCUCUUGUUUUAUUAACGUCUCUCUCAAUUUUUCUGAGCACAGAAGCAAACUUUAAUGCAGCAUAUUCUCCGAUGUGACUAUGAGGCCUGCAGACAGUAUUUGAUGAACCUCGAGCAAGCUGUUGUCUUGGAUCAGAAUCCACAAAUGCUGCAGACUUUCCUCAGUCACAGAUGUGAUGGAAAUCGAAAUAUUCUGCAUGCUUGUGUAUCUGUGUGUUUUCCAACCAGUAAUAAAGAAACAAAAGAGGAAGAGGGUAAGUUCAGUGAUCUCAUGCUGAUGAGAUUCUUCUGAGAGCUUUUGCAUGAAGGCUAGAAAGAUGAGUCAGAAUUGUUCAAAACCUGUUCUCAAAUAGUUACACAAACGCAGACACAGGUACACACACACAGCAACUUCAUUAGUAAUGAGACAUGUCAUAAACCAGCAAGGCAAUCCGGUUGGAAAAUGCAGGAAGAGAGUAUGAUAGAAAGGGAAACAAAUGUCCCAACUGGCAACAAGUUUCAGUUCAGCAUCACAUUUUCCACUUGGUAAAUUAAGUCACUUGGAAAUAAGGGUGGGAUCUGAAAUGCUGCGCUCAAUGUUCCAUGCGUGUAUCAGGCUAUUUCAAGGCUCCCUUCCCACUGCAGUCUUCCAGUCCUGAAAAGCUGGGCUUGGAGGUUAUGGGACCAUCUGGUGCAGUAUUCAAAGCAGCACGGAGAAGCUAGCGCCAGCUCCAUUGCCUGCAUGUGUGGAAGUGCUUGGAAUCCAGCCAUAAUUCUUGCCUCUAAUGUACACUGGGGGAAUUUAGCAGAUGACGCUUGCAGAAAGACAGGAAUUUCAAGAUGAAACAGGCCAUUGUGAACUUGAAGCAUAAGGUUAUGACUGUUGAAACAGAAAAACAGAAAGAGAGAAAGAAAGGUGGAAAGGAGCAAUUUAUGUCAAAAAAUGGCCCAUGUGAUGCAUUAAAACUGUAUUUUACAGCAUGAACUGGAGAUCUACAAAACAGAGAAUCCUAUUAAACUAGAAAUAAUGGAAACAUCUAUGUAUACUGUAUAUGUCUGCAGUGGGGCAAAAUACAUGAAGUUUUUGAGGAACUAAAAGCAGAAGAAAGUGCACUUUCUAAAUCAUUUAAAAUACAUUUCUACACCAUUUACACCCUUCUCCUAACUUGCUGAAGGCCAUGUACAAUUUUAAAAAUAAUAGCAUAUAAAUCUACCAAGCAUGCUGCAAAGGAAAUAGGGGUGAGGAAGUAGAGGGGAAAGCAAGCAAAUUCAUUUACCAAUUCUCUAAAGUACAUACAUUUUUCUGAACCUCUGAAUGUGUUGUCCAACAAAUGAAUGAUUUAUGGAGCUGCUUGGAGACUAGUUUUCUUAUUUAGCAAAAAAGAACCUAAGUUUUCCUGCUUACCACUGAGUGCUAGAAUUGCUCGGUUGUGUAUUUGUGUGUUAUGUGUCUUCCAGUUUAAAUUGUCCUGUCUUUCUCUUCUCUGCUGUGGAGUUUUUUUGCUAUUCAGUAAUCAAACCCAUUGUCAUCGUUAUACAUUUGCAUAUAAAUAUUGAGAAAUUCCAUGUUGAUUUCAUAUACAAAUUUUAUAUAAAAGUGACAGAGAAGCUUUCAGUUCUUUAGUGUUUAAUGUCUCUGUAAAAAACAGAUGCCAAGUUUCUUCUUUAUGCUUCAGAAGCAGAGCGCUCCGAAAGGAACACAUUUGCUGAAAGGUUAUCUGCCGUCGAGGCGAUUGCAAAUGCUAUUUCAGUGGUGUCAAGUAAUGGACCGGGAAAUCGUGCAGGAUCCUCUAGCAGCAGAAGGUAAGCUAGUGGAAACUUCUCUUUUUGCUAUUGCAGUAUUAAUUACCGGCAAGACAUUAUGAAUUAACGCAGGCCAGGAUCCAAAGGGCUGCUUGGGAGGUCCCGUGGCUCAGUGAUAGAGCACAUCGUCUGCAUGUAGAGUGUCCCAGAUUGACUCCCUGGCAUCUCCAGUUAAAAGAUCAGGUAGCAGAUGAUAGGAAGAGAGUUUCUUCCUUGGAAAGGCGCUGCCAGUCAAAAAUACUGGGUUAGAUGAUCAUUAUAAGGCAGCUUCUCAUGUUCCUAAGUGUGUGCGGGUUAGAUUUCUGGCUCUUGUUUUUUGAACAAGAAAACCACCAUACCGUAUCACAAACUACUUUUCAAAUCUUUUGAUGAGCAACAACAAUACAUAUCCUUUUUUCCAGUAAGCACGGGAACUUGCUUCUUCUUUCCCUGACUUACUGUGGUGCUGCUUUCCCUCUUUCUGCUUGUCUCUGAUAGCACCCUCCAUCUAACCCAGGGUUUGGCUGGCAGCAACCCUCCAGAGAGGCAUAACUUGUAUCAGGUGGACAGGACUAUGUGCCCUUUUCUCUGGUUUGAGCCACAGUUCUUUCAUAUUUGGCUGGGAUUGACGACAGUCUUUCCUUAAUUCCUUAUUAGAGGAGAAUUGGAGUUUGUUUCUGGCUCUAGUCUUUCUAAAAGCAAGGCAACACGAUGAGCAAAUGCAAUGAUGAUAUCAAUAUAUACUCUUUAUAUAAUAUGAAAUAUAUGACAUCACAUAAACAGAAAACUUAAGAAUUUCUGAAAGUCACAAAAUAGGCACUCUUAAUGGAUUCUCUUGAAAACAUAAAACCAAAUGAACCUAAGUCUUAUAAGUCUCUGAAAGUCUUUGAAGACUAUGCAAGUCUCUGAAAGAAGCAAUGUAUCAGAUUCUUAUCUGGUGAAAACAGACUGAAAAGCUUUGUUUAUGGCGUCCAAUACUGCCGAAGUAGUUUGCAAAUAGAUGUAGUGAACAGUGAUUCCAGAUAUACCCACUGUUUCGUAGAAUUCUUCUUCAGCACAGCAGAAGGAUACAGAAAUGCUUCAUAAACCUGUCUAUAUGGUGAAUGGAAAAGUAUAACAACAAUUGCUAUGGAAUAGUGGUCAUAAAGUUAUGUUUUCACCAGAUAAAGCUUGUUUUCACCAGAUAAGAAUCUGAUACGUUGCUGAAGAGUUUGGAUUUGAUAUCCCGCUUUAUCACUACCCGAAGGAGUCUCAAAGCUGAGAGGCUUCAGAGAAGUGUGACCAGCCCAAGGUCACACAGCAGCUGCAUGUGGAGGAGCGGAGACGCAAACCCGGUUCACCAGAUUACGAGACUAACGCUCUUAACCACUACACCACACUGGCACCCUGUACUCCUACGUUGGAGCCCACUCACUUGCAAACCACCUGCAAUGUGUUUUUGCUUGCUAGUUAUUCCCUUUUCUCCCCCAGUCUUGGGGGGGGCACGCUUGCUUAUAAAUUAAAUGCGAGAGCAACUUCAGGCUAACCGCAGUUACGAGGAGAAUGCAAAGUUGAAUUGGUACAUUGACAGUACUGUGUCUAAAAUACGUGCCGUAUUUCUUUUUCACAUUUAAUAAUGGGUGUGGCAUUUAUAUUGCUUUCUUUUCCACAUAUUAGUUAUAAAUGCGGACAAAAGUUUGUUUGGCAUUCUCGAACACUAGGUUGCCUUCAGUAUGCUUCCUGCGCAAGAAUAGGCAAGCAUUAGUUUUAGGAUUUUCUGUUUGGUCUUAGUUUGCGACUGAGAGAAAUGAUGAGAAGAUCUCUGAGAGCAGCAGGUUUGGGCAGACAUGAAGCAGGGGCUUCAUCUAGUGAUCAUCAGGAUCCAGUUUCUCCUCCCAUCGCUCCUCCAAGCUGGGUGCCUGAUCCUCCUGCUAUGGACCCUGGUAAGAUUUUCACAUGCACUUGUGCAUAAGUGUAAAAGUAGAUAUAAAUUGCCUUUUGUUUGAAUUGUGAAAGAGUGUAGGAAAAAGAAAUGCAUUGCAUCAAUGUUAUUACAACUUCAGUGGUGCAAAGCAUUUAGCUAGUUAGCCACUUCUGUGCUUUCAGGUGAAAACUGAGUGUUAAAAUUUUCUGAUUACAGCUUGUAGGCAGAUGUUGCUUAUUUCAAUAAUGUGACUUGCUGUCUGCUAUAAUGUUAGCUGCACUUACCAGUAGUUUCAUUGAAUAGCCUUUGGAAGGAAAGAAAAUUUAAAGAUAUAGUGUGGUUAGUUUCUGUGGAGUGCGCAUGUUGCCAGGGAUGUGUUUUAUGUAUUGAUGUGCAUCCUACUGUUCUGUUUACUAAAAGAUGGUGACAUUGAUUUUAUCCUGGCCCCUGCUGUGGGAUCUCUUACCACAGCAACAACUGGCACUGGCCAAGGACCCAGCACCUCCACGAUACCAGGUGAGAACAUGCUAUUUUGUAUACUUGCAUAUGACUUAACACAAAGAAAUGGCAAAUGCUCGCUUCAUAUAUAUAUUUUAGUGCAGCUUAAAUGUUCCCUCCUAUAACUUGAAGGUGCAUCUUCCCUUCAUUCUGUAUAAUGAAUAAGGGUGCUUAACAUAUCAAUCUGUUUGUCGUGUUAAAACUAUUUGGCACUGCUUCACACAUUAAAAUAUGUUGGCCAAUAUUGGUUUCAGGACAUGAAGUUUCCCAUCCUUUAUAUACACUCAGAUUCAUAAUUUAGCAUCAGGUUUCUGACAAUGUGAUAGUGUUGGCUAAUAAUAAAGCUUGAUACAGGAAUCCCUCUUCUUGUCUAGAAUGUUUUAAGUAAGUGAGCUACUUUGUAGGCAGCUAUUUUUCACUAAUACUUUUCCAAUCUGCAGGUCCUUCUACAGAACCCUCUGUAGUGGAAUCAAAGGAUCGGAAGGCAAAUGCUCACUUCAUACUGAAAUUGUUAUGCGACAGUGUGGUUUUACAGCCUUAUCUUCGGGAACUGCUAUCAGCCAAGUAAGGGGUCUUUAUGUGCAUGUCUUGUAGUGUUUUCAUCUACUUGGGAAGCCAAGCUUUAUGAAGAAUGUUUGAGGGAAUUGGGUAUGUUUCACAAAGCUGCACUGAGCCUUGAUAUAAACAGCUCCAUUUUGUAUUUGUUAAUAAAUUGAUUUUUCCAUUUUUGUUUAUGCAUCAGAUCUAUUACCUUCAUUUUAACUUUAAAAGUUAAAACAAAACAAAAAUGGAAAAAAGUUGGGGUAGUACUAAAUCAGGCUCUUUCUGCUAAACCUAGAAGACUACCUUUUAAACUUAACUGAAAAUGAUACUGACAUGUUACUGUUUUUUAGGGAUGCAAGAGGUAUGACACCGUUUAUGUCUGCUGUAAGCGGCAGAGCAUAUCCUGCAGCAAUUACCAUUUUAGAAACUGCACAAAAAGUUGCCAAAGGUAUGUGAAUACUGUAUGUGAUUCUUGCUUUAUGUAUGCCAAUAAUUGAGGGCUUUCCCCUUCCUAAAUCUCUGGAUUAGACAUUGGAAUAAAAUGUAAAAUAUUGAAUUAAUAGAACAUGCCAGUCUUCAUGCUGUCCAUGAAUAACUUCCUGUUAUCUUCUUGGUUUUAAAAAGUGUCUGAUUCAAUAGAUACAGUUUCCUGUAAUAAUUUCCCUGCAGGAGGCUAUGCUUUGAUAUCCAUUGGUUUUCGUUUCUGUGCAAAUAGGUCAGGGCAAUUAUUGAUAGAAGGUUGUGAAUAGUGGCAGGUUUCAAUGAAACAAAGAUAAAAACCUGUUCUCUAUAGAGGAGGAAUUUUGUUUAGUAUAACUAAUACAAUUUGAAGUCAUUUUGGAGGGAACCAUGAGUGCAUUCAGUUAGCUGAUGUGCAGUGUGGUUUAGCAGUAAUGUUAAAGUGCCGUGAUGUUUUAUUUUCUUCAUAGAGGACCUUUGAGAAUUAUUACCUUAAGUUGCUAGCUCUUCAAAGAGUAUGUAUAACUUCAUUUUAAGCACUAUCUUUCUCCUUUUUUAAAAAGCGGAGGCAACUUCAGGUGAAAAAGAAGAGGAUGUGUUUAUGGGAAUGGUUUGUCCAACUGGCACAAACCCAGAUGACUCUCCUUUAUAUGUCCUAUGUUGCAAUGAUACAUGCAGCUUUACAUGGACUGGUGCAGAGCACAUAAAUCAGGUAAAAUAAGGGAACUUAAUUGGUUUUUUGUGCUAGGUGUAAAGACAAGCUCAUAUUCCUGAGCUUUUAAGGAUAGAUUUUUAAAUUCUUGCCGUUCUCUUACUGCUGGGUUUUCUGGGGAAAGGGCUGGGUGGGGGGAAGCUUUGGCUUAACAAGAAACCAUUAACAAGAAGCUUAACAUUAUUUCAUUGUAAUCUAACUUGAAAACUCGUGAUGAAUAAAUAAGGCUGCAAUUUUGUGCAUACUUACCUGGGAGUAAGUUCCAUUGAACUUGACGGUUCUUUACUUCUAUGCAGACACGUACAGAAUUGUUAGCUACCACUUAAAAGCAGCACCAUAGAAUUACACAUAGUACUCCAUCCCCCCCCUUAAAAUGCUCAAUUUUCUCUUUGUAGGAUAUAUUUGAAUGUAGAACAUGCGGUUUACUGGAGUCUCUGUGCUGUUGCACAGAGUGCGCAAGGGUGUGCCACAAAGGUCAUGAUUGCAAGUACGUGUGUUUAUUCCAAACAUCAAGACUUCUGCAGGUUGCUGUGUAUUUUCAGGGAUGAUUCAGUUUCAUUUUGCUUGAAAAUGCAGUAGAAUUUUAUUUCUUUUAGUGCUCUGCUGUACCUAAAAUUUUCGUUAGUGAAUGGAUUGAGAGAUGAUUGAAAGAAGCUGGAAUUGCAACUUGGGCCUGGGUCCACAGUGUAGGGAUGGGGAGGGGAGAUGAAACCAGCUAGGUAGCCUCCUCUCCAGCAGUGUCACAGAGAGGUGAGAUAAAUCAGGCAUUUACUUAGGACUGAUAAUAGGGGGAGAAGCUGCCACCCCAUUUUCAAGGCCACCGUUUCUGCAAACUAAUGUAGCCUUUCAUGAACAAGAACUGGAAAAAUGGUUUUUAGAUGAAAAACACUUCAGUUGAAUUAGCAGGGUUUUUAAAAAAUGAUUAUGGACAUAGUGAAACUGGUUGUAGUGUAUGUCGAUAUGGAAACUGCUGUUUAUAAAUUUAUAAAUUGUAUUUACACAUUUUGUCUCUACUUUCAGGCUGAAACGCACAUCCCCAACAGCCUACUGUGACUGCUGGGAGAAAUGCAAGUGCAAAACAUUAAUUGCAGGACAGAAGUCUGCUCGUCUUGAUUUGCUUUUCCGGCUGCUUACCACCACAAACCUUGUCACCAUGCCAAAUAGUAGGCAAGUGUCCCUUGUAUAGUGGGAUUGAUCUGCCCCACAAAAAGCCCCAGUGUAGUCCCUAUGUCAACUCUUGGUUUGUUUGUAUGUUUACAGGGGGGAACAUCUUUUGCUCUUCUUGGUGCAGACAGUUGCAAGACAAACAGUAGAACAUUGCCAGUACAGGCCACCAAGAAUUAGGGAAGACCGUAAUCGUAAGACUGCAAAUCCUGAAGGUGGGACUCUUUUCUCGUUUACAAGAUUUUUCUCUUAUUGUAGCAACUGCUGCAGUAACAGCUUACAUGCUUUUCUUUAAUUCCUUGGCUUUAGAUUCGGAUAUGCCAGAUCAUGAUUUAGAACCUCCACGAUUUGCACAGCUUGCCUUGGAACGGGUUUUGCAAGAUUGGAAUGCACUGAAGUCUAUGAUCAUGUUUGGCUCACAGGAGAACAAAGACCCGUGUGUAUUAACGAACUAGUUAUGAUUAUACUUUUGAGCACUGACUUUGUAUCAUAGACUUGGGAACUUACAUUAUAUUUCCUCUUCCCCUGCUUUCUUUUGCUUUUUUCCAAGUCUUAGUGCAAGCAGUAGGAUUGGUCAUCUGUUGCCUGAAGAACAAGUGUAUCUUAAUCAGCAAAGUGGAACUAUUCGGCUGGACUGUUUUACACACUGCCUUAUUGUAAAGUGUACAGCAGACAUACUGGUAAGGCAUAUUUAAAUAACACGGUGCCAAAGAAAUUUGUCAAUUUGAUGCUUAUGCGCUUAGAAGGUAUGAACGUUAAUGUGAUUAGCAGAUCUAAGUUGUGGCAAGUUUGUCAUAACUCUUACGCAUUCAGUUCCUUUGCACAAGAAUUUGCAUGGUUGCGUCGCCGUAGUAGACAUUUGCUCCAGUAAACUUUUCUUUACAGCUUUUAGAUACUUUGCUGGGGACACUUGUAAAGGAACUGCAGAACAAAUACACUCCAGGUCGCAGAGAAGAAGCAAUUUCUGUUACAAUGAGGUUUCUGCGUUCUGUGGCAAGAGUUUUUGUUAUCCUCAGCGUGGAAAUGGCUUCCUCAAAAAAGAAAAAGUAAGCUUUUUUUUAAUAACUUAAAUUACUGCUUGGGGCAGUGAAAGAAAAUGCUUAAGAUUUUUUAUUUAUAAAAUGCCCCUCAACAGUUCAGUAGCAUCAAGAGUAGCCAUAUGCUCUCAGACUUCUCCCAAAUGCCUGUGAAUGAAGCUGUUUUCUAAAAACUGUGAGAGGGACUACUUGAUCCCCAUAGGGAGGGAGUUCCACAAGUGCGAGGCUACCCAAAAAGAUUCUAUCCCAUGUCAUCCCACCAUAGUGAGCUAUGCUCACUGGUGUGUCUGCAAAAUGAGCUGCCUCCUGCAGAUUGCAAGGCCUGGCCUGGCAGAUAAGGAGAAAACUAGCAAGUAGUGAGGUCCUAAGACCUUGAGUUGGACCCAGCACCAAAAAAUAGGUAGCCGGUGUAGUUCAUGCAGGAUCGGUGUUGUGCGGUCCCAUCUUGCUGUACCACUCUUGCCGUGUGGCCAUGUUCUGCACCAUCUGCAACUUCCAGAUCUUCUUCAAGGGUAGAUGUCAUUGUAUUUUGACAGAGGAAACAGUCCUCUGCAGAGUGAAUUCAAACCAUGUUUCAGUUAGUACAAUGAAACAAAUAUGCACAUCUGUGUCUACAGAUAGCAUUAUUACACAGAAACCUUGGGGCUUUUUCAUGCUGUGUAUCCUGAAACAUAGGAACAAAUAGGGAUUCAUGUCUUCAUACAGCAUCCCGGAUAGUAUCACUGUCCCCCCACCAUCUGUAAGCCAAAGCCUGCCAUGGUCGUAUUACUUGGGUACCACACUAUGCCUCUGAUUCAUAUUGCUAUAAAGACUGCAGAGUAAAUGAAAUGCUUUGAUUUAUGAAAAGCUACAUGAAUGGGUUAGUCAUUGUUUUAUAAUUAAACUUGUUGUGUUUUGAGUCUUUUCCCAAAAAUGUAGCGCUCCAACCGUAUAAAUAUACUUCUAACUUUCUUUCAGUUUUAAGGUAAAGUUCAACAUACUGUUUUGUAUCCACCGGGCUGCUAGUGGAACAGUAGGCCAACCACUAGACUAGAGGUGGGGACCAGAAUUUUUGCCAAAGAGACAGAAAGAAGGGCUGUAUUUUAGCAGUGUUAAGCAGUGUUAAGCAAUGCAGCUUGACUAUUGACUGAACAGGAUGAACAGAUAAAUAGUUGUGCGAAUACAAAACCAUUAAACAAGCUGUUCUGGUUUGUGUGUAUUCUCAACCUUUUUGAAUGUGGCUGUUGAUGUCAGUGUUUUCCCUUCCCACGUCUUGUUUCCAGUAACUUCAUUCCGCAGCCAAUUGGGAAAUGCAAGCGUGUAUUCCAAGCUUUGCUACCUUACGCUGUGGAGGAAUUGUGCAAUGUAGCGGAAUCCCUCAUUAUCCCAGUCAGAAUGGGUAUUGCACGUCCUACGGCACCUUUUACGUUGGCAAGCACUAGUAUAGAUGCUAUGCAAGGCAGCGAAGAACUGUUCUCAGUAGAACCACUACCUCCCCGGCCGUCAUCUGAUCAAUCCAGCAGGUAAUGCUCCUUAAUGUUUAUCAUUAUAAAUGCAUUCUUCUAAAUCAUAUAUGCUUUGGCCACCCAUCCCCAGACAUUCACUAUGGUAAUUCACCAUUAGGUCCAGUCGUGCAGCGCAUGCAAAUGCCGUUUACCUUCCCGCCGGAGCGGUACCUAUUUAUCUACUUGCACUUUGAUGUGCUUUCGAACUGCUAGGUUGGCAGGAGCAGGGACCGAGCAACAGGAGCUCACCCCGUCGCAGGGAUUCGAACUGUGGUAGAGAGGCACAAAGCAAGAGCAGCUGGCAAACAAACCAAGCUUUGGAGAAACAAGCUGAGGCUCCUUUGUUCAUCUGUGAGAUGGCUUGUGGUUUUGUUAAACAAGCCAUAGGUAGAACAAGGUGUACAGCUAACAUGGGAAGUGGACUGGGCUGGUAGCUCAAAAGAACUUAAAUGAAGAAUCUUUCAAAAACGAGAAGGGAAAUCUAUUAUAUUAAACUGACUAUUUUAAACUAAUGUUAAUAUAUUUAUGGACAUUCUUCUGUUUGCUGUGUUAAAGUUGAUACUGUUGUGUGAAGAGAAGAAAAUCAUAUGUGAUGAUGCUGUGUAAAUAUAUAUAAUUGUAUUUUUUAAAAAGGCUUCUUUCUUGUAGUUCCAGUCAGUCUCAGUCGUCCUAUAUUAUUAGAAAUCCACAGCAAAGGCGGAUCAGUCAGUCUCAACCAGUUCGUGGCAGAGAUGAAGAACAAGAUGACAUUGUGUCAGCAGAUGUUGAAGAGGUUGUUAUAUUAAUUGUUUUCAAUGGGCAACUUUCUAUUUAUUUUAAAGUAGAUAUCAGUGCAAAUGUUAAAUGAAUCUAGUCCUAGAAUGCAAAAUAAUAAGUUGGCUUGUGAAGUUUCAGCUAUACUGCAAUUUGGGAUGUAAAUGAGUGUACAACCUUGGUGUUACACACUACCAAAAAUGAAUCCAUGUUAGCCUCUAGCAGCAGAAAGUCCUGUGGUACCUUAGAGAAUGGCUUUGUCUAUUGUCUGAUCCGGGAGUAGCCAAUUUGAUGCCCUCUUUUCCCAACUUUUAUGAGUAUGAGACCACUUUUUAACCUCAAAGUUUUCUUUAAUUUAGAAAAUACAUAAUAACAAAAAGCUAUUAUGAACUCAGCAACACUUUUCAAUGUGUUCACUUUAUAUUCAUCACAACAAAAAAUGCAUAUGUUUGAAAAAUAGUAGAUCAUCACUUACUUUUGACAUUCUACAGCAGGCAGAUGUCCCAUCACCAGUCUUAGAAUAAGAUUCAGCUAUCAGUAUGCCAUACCUCUGUAGGUGGAGUUAGGGGUGUGAGGUGCCAUUUUGUUAUUUGCCUAAGGUAGCAAAAUGUUACAGCGCUGGCCCAAAACUAGGAAUGGAGCACAAAAUAAGUGUAAUGAGCAAUAUAGAAAAUGUCUAAAACAGCCAUAGCUUUGAGAGCUGUAUUUACAAAACAUCCUUGAAGAUCGUAAGCAUUUACAUGGUGUAAAAAAAAUAUAUUCUUGUUUCAGGUUGAGGUGGUAGAGGGGGUAGCUGGGGAAGAAGACCACCAUGAUGAGCAAGAAGAACAUGGCGAGGAAAAUGCGGAGGCAGAAGGGCAGCAUGAUGAGCAUGAUGAAGAUGGUAUGAUACCUGGGCAUGUUUAUUAGUCAUUUUAAGAUAUGCACAGGGUUGGAUCCAGAAUAAGUUCUCUGUACCUCAUUGAGUCUUAUUUCCUUUCACUUUGGUCCCAUUGAAGGUAGUGAUGGCUGACAUUCUACAUUUAUUUCAGUGGGACCUAAGUGUGGCAAUCUUAGUUUGGAUGCAACCCAUAGGUUUUACCAUACACAAGGAACUGUAAAAUGAACUUUCUUUGGGUUAAUUAGAAACGAAACAGAAAGCUACUGCAACCCCCUAUUCCAUUCUAACUUGUAUUGCUAUACGUGUUGGUAAUUGUGCAUUAGUAAUAUCGGUAUCAAAAACAGCAAGCUUGUGAGAUAAAUGUAUGGCUUUCUGCGGUUGAGUUAAGCAGUAGUUAAUGUACUACUGGAGUGCCUUAAUCUGCUCAACAGUUGAGCAGUGGGAGAGCUUAAAAUGAAAGAUAGCUUUGUGAAGAAUCUGAAAUAUUGUAUCAUGCAGACCACAGCGUUAACAUAAUUCUAUAAAUUUGUUAUUAGGAAGUGAUAUGGAGUUGGAUCUUCUAGCAGCAGCAGAAACUGAGAGUGAUAGUGAGAGUAACCAUAGCAACCAGGACAAUGCCAGUGGGCGCAGAAGUGUUGUCACUGCAGCUACAGCAGGAUCAGAAGCAGGUAAUAUUCUUUUUAUCAGCCUUCAUUUUUAUGUAUUUUUUUUGGUGUACAUUAUUAAAAGAAUUUAAAUGUGUCCCCUAGUCUGAGAGAGGUUGAUGGGCAAACCUUGAAGUCUACAAGUUGCUUAUUUUUUAAGUUACCUUGACUGUUUUGUAGGAGAAAAUCAGAAAUGUUUAACUAUUAUUGUUGUUGUUCGUUGUUGUUAAUAGAACUCUUCACCACAAGGCCCUAAGGUGGGUUACAGCAACAAAAACAAUUUAAAACAAAGUAAAACCAAGCAGCAACUGUCAGGUUAAUAAUGUUGUUAUGCUUGCAGCCUGAGGGAUGUGUAAAGGUGGGGUUGCAUCUGCAGCUCUGUCUUUUAAAAACACGUUGAAAAAACGCGAGGCAGGAAAAUAUUUGUGUGCUUCUUAAAAAGCUUUUCUUCCUUUGUAGGAGCUGAGUGCCACAGUAUACUUUAGAUUUCUGGCCUAAUAAAUAAAACUCACCCUGCUCUCUUGUCAGUGACCCUUAUAGUAUAUCUUCCCCACAGGUGCCAGCAGUGUUCCAGCAUUUUUUUCUGAGGAUGACUCUCAGUCCAAUGACACCAGUGAUUCAGAUAGCAGCAGCAGCCAGAGUGAUGAUAUAGAGCAAGAGACCUUUAUGCUAGAUGAGCCUCUGGAGCGAACAACAAACAGCUCUCAUGCCAAUGGUGCAGCCCAGGCACCCCGCUCAAUGCAGUGGGCUGUACGUAACACCCAGAAUCAGAGGACUACCAGCACUGCUCCAUCUAGUACCUCUGCUCCAGCAGGUAUUAUAAAAAUUACUUAUUUAUUUUUUUACUCCACUGGGCCUUUCUUUUUUCUUAUUUCCUACCCAGUGAACUGAUUUUUUAUUUUGUUUUUUCUUGAUCAGAAGGGGUACAAGUAAUUUAUGUGCAUCUUCUCAUAAGCUGCUGUGAAGUCCUUUGUUAUUUUAAGAGUAAUUUAUGGACUGGAUAGGAUCAAAUAUUGAUAAUCUGCUUUGUGCUAAUUCUGGAGCUCACUUCUGUUUAGCUGUUGACGCCCCCUGAAUGUGUUUCUUUCUACUUUUAGCAAGUUCAGCAGGCUUGAUUUAUAUUGAUCCAUCAAACCUGCGUCGAAGUGGCACCAUCAGCACAAGUGCGGCGGCGGCAGCAGCUGCUCUUGAGGCUAGCAACGCUAGCAGCUAUUUAACAUCGGCAAGCAGUUUGGCGAGGGCAUAUAGCAUUGUGAUCCGACAAAUAUCUGAUCUGAUGGGCCUCAUUCCCAAAUACAAUCACCUGGUGUACUCUCAGAUCCCAGCUGCCGUGAAGCUGACAUACCAGGAUGCAGUGAAUUUGCAGGUAAAGUGCAACAAAGAUAUGCCAAUUUCCGUGUUUAAAUUGGAGUGUCUUUAAUGCAAAAUCUGGCUUCCACCUUUAAAUUCCUUGGUAUUGUCUUAGUAAAUAACUACUGUUUCAUGCUUAUUAUCAUUCUUCUGCCCCCUAUAUUGGCCACCAGGAAGGGAAAUUUCUCCCCUCCUCGAGACCCUAAAACUGGUGGAUAGGGAACUAAGUAAAGGUAACAGUUGAAUCUGGAAAUCAGGGGAAUCAACGAACAAAGUGGAUACAUUGUGUAAUUGGUUCAAUGGAGUAUGGUUCAGAACUUGUCUGAUUUUUUUAUGUUUUCGUAUGUAUACAAAAUGUUGAUCACAUUUGGUUUAGAACUACGUUGAGGAAAAACUGAUACCCACGUGGAAUUGGAUGGUGAGCAUUAUGGACUCCACCGAAGCUCAGUUGCGCUAUGGUUCUGCCCUUGCCUCUGCUGGAGACCCAGGGCACCCAAACCACCCACUUCAUGCAUCACAGAACUCAACCAGGAGGGAGAGGAUGACAGCACGAGAAGAAGCUAGCUUAAGAACUUUGGAGGGUAGAAGGUAUGCAAAUGUACCUUAACAGUUGUAUGUUAGUUUCCCCCCCUAAGUAACCACAAGCCAAAAAUUCAAUGCAGUUGUCCACACUGACAUGUAGCCCUUGGAGGGCUGGCUGACCAAAAGAUUAGCCACCCCUGGUCUAAAAUGCAAUACUUCUGUGUCCCAAAACAAUUUGUUUUGUUUUUUUAAUCAUUACAGGCGUGCUACACUGCUUAGUGCUCGUCAGGGGAUGAUGUCGGCAAGGGGGGACUUCUUAAAUUACGCCCUCUCCUUGAUGCGUUCUCACAACGAUGAGCAUUCUGAUGUUCUUCCUGUUUUGGAUGUCUGCUCAUUGAAACAUGUAGCAUAUGUUUUUCAAGCUCUCAUUUAUUGGAUUAAAGCAAUGAACCAGCAGACUACCUUGGAUACACCUCAGCUGGAACGGAAGAGGUACGGAAGCCUAUUACUCAAUGGAAAUAUAGCUAGACUGUCCAUGGGCAUUGGUGUCCCCUUUGAUUCAUAACACCAAUGCAUGUGUCUUGUGGUUAUAUAUGUAGCAUGUGCAAUAGAUUAGUAUAUAUGUAUAGCUGAAGAUGAUUAAUUUCUGGUAGUCAAGUAUUGUGAUACCUGGAAUUUAGCUAUUGCUGCUGAAAUAUUGGCCUGGUUAUGAGAAUUGACUAGAAAUAUGAACAUUUUCAGUUUUGGCAUCUGCAAAAUGAAGGAGGGAACGUUAUGGACCCCCAAUACCAAACCAGAAAGGUGGUCUAGAAUGAUACAUUGGUCAGAUCAAUAGUAUUGAAGGUCACAUGCCUCCAUUCCUCUCCCAGCAUAUAUCUACCUGAGUGACCAUAGCUCUUUGACGAAAUCAAAGUUCAGGCACCCAAGUUCUUUCAACAGGAAACAGGACAAUUUAACAAUGUACCAAGAAACAUAAUAAUUUCAUAGAAGCCAAUUUACAAAGACCCACAAACCAAUCCUAUUAUUUCUCUUUUGUCUUUCAAAGUAGUUUCUGAAAGGCAAGUGAAGCAUUCAUCAUAAUCAUAAACACUAUUCUCCCAGUUAUCGUUUUCUUAGGAACUGAAUGUUCUUGCUUUGGGUGCUUGGAUUCGUUUUUAAAAUAGUGGAAGGAUUUAAAUAUAUUCAGUUUUUUGGAUUUAAACUACCCUUUGGAAUUUGUUGAAAAGUGUUACACACAAUGAUGCAAAUAAAUAGGUUUGGCACUAAGCCUUCACUUGCAUUUAUAGUUAAAACAUUACAUUAUAAGAAUAUGAGUACACUAUACAUUCAGGUCUUAUUUUCCAAAUACUCAUGCGAAAUUUCAUUUAUCCAAACAUUAAGAAUUUGUACCCUAACCUCACUACAUGAACAUCUGAAACAGAUACCUGAGGAGCGGGACCUCUGUGUAUACAAAUGUCAGAGAAUUACCUCCUUUAAACCUGCCAUUUUUACUGAGCCCAGGCUCCUUAUUGGACUCCUUUCCUUAGUCACAGCUUCAUAGGGUAGGGUGAGGUGGGACACAGCUCCGGUCAGCAGCCUGAGGACCCCUCUCAAAUGAAGCUGUGACUGAGGAAAUAGGAGCACAGUAAGAACUCUGAUCUUGGUGAAAAUGGCAGCUUUACAGGAAGUAAUUCAGGAUGGAGGGGCAAGCACUAUGCCAGCAAGCUGUGGGAACGCAUUGGGAUUUCCCCCAUAGGAAUCAAUGGAAAUCAUAAGCUUUUUAUGCACACACUCACUUAAUGAACGAUUUCUGAGGAAAACGGGAACUGCAUGUGUAUGGUACAGCUGUAAGAUUGUAUAGCUGAUACAAUAAUUUUAAUUAUUUUUCUUGUGUAGCACUAGUUGUAAAAUUUAGUACCACGUGCCAUCUAAAAUAACCUGUCAUUCACUUUUUUUAAAGGACCCGAGAACUUUUGGAACUUGGUCUUGACAAUGAAGAUUCAGAGCAUGAAAAUGAUGAUGACACAAAUCAAAGUUAGUACUUGUACAGUUUGGGGUUGUGGGGAGCUGGAUAGAGACUUGAUCAUAUCUCUGGAUCUUGGGUUUAAAUGAUUCACGGACAUCAGUAAUUAUUCAAGCACAAUAAAAUUGAUAAAAAUGAAGUCCUAGCUGUUUUUUCCAGGGGUCAGCUGUAGGACCUAUUUAAGUGCCAGGGUUCAGUCCCUUUGAAAAUGUUCAUAGUGUCUCUUCUGCCACUGAAUAACUUAUCUAGUCAGCUUCUGGGGUUUAUGGUAGUGAUGGGUUCACCUACACCAAUUCAUCUUGUAUUCCUAGUGUGGUUUUUAAAAGAAUCUUCCAAAAAGUCCUAAUGUUAGGACACCUGGAUGAGCUCCUCACUGUCCCUCUGCUUGUUCCUAUGCUCUCCUUUCCCAGAUUUAACUUUGUGAAGCUAGGGGAUAAGGGAUUGUUGCAGUAGCAACACCAUUUUAAGAUGUAGGCAUUCACAUGGACUGCCCUUCCUUUGUAGACGCUAGAAAAUGGAAUUUCUAGUGGGCUGAGUUUAGAAGGCUUUAGAAACUCAAUUUUUCAGUCUAGCCAGCACAGGUUUAUGUGGGUACUAGGAACCUGUACUGCCACCCUUCUCUACUUUUUGUUUCUCCCCUGAAAGUAGGGUGGAAAAUUCAAGUAGCUUAGUUGCAAAAAAGUGAUUGUGUUGUUGGAUGUGGGCACCUGAGAGAAAGAGUGAGAGAGACUGAAAGAAGAAGACAAAUUGUCUGCAGAACUGCAGUCUGAAUAGAAAUCCAAUGAGUAAUCUGACAAGUUCAGCUUUGAAGUAUUUGAAAAGAAUAAAGGAACUAGCUGCAAUCACUGUUACGAUGCCGAAGUUUCCUUUGGGAGGAAUGGAAGUGAAAGAGGGAAAAGCAACAAGAUUAGAGGAAGAUAGAAAAAUAAAUGACAAGGAAGAGAAGUAAAUGGUAGAAAAGAGGGGAGAUUUUAAAAAUAGACGGGGAGUCAUAGUAAUAUUUUAAAAGGGAAGGGUAGUUGAAUGCUGUUCCUUGUUUUUAUAUAGCAUUUUAAACGUGCAAAAGUAUUAUGGGGUGUUAAUUUGUUGGAAGCUGCCCAGAGUGGCUGGGUCAAUCCAGUCAGAUGGGCAGCAUAUAAAUAAUAAAUCACAAUUACUAUUUUUAAUAAUUUGGAAAAAAUAUAAGCUAGUAUUCAAGAAGCAGACAAAAGUGGAAUAACUACAGUACUGAUACUUUGUCCUAAAAACACUGGACAAGUGUUAUCAGCAUAAAGUAACAGAGCAAAUCUGUAUCAAGUAAUCACUGUUAUAUUGUAAUGAUUUGUUUUAACUGAACACUUUUCAGGUGCUACACUUAAUGACAAAGAUGACGACUCCCUUCCAGCUGAAACAGGCCAAAAUCAUCCAUUCUUCCGACGAUCAGAUUCCAUGACAUUCCUUGGCUGUAUUCCGCCCAAUCCUUUUGAAGUUCCUCUAGCAGAGGCCAUUCCACUAGCAGACCAGCCACAUCUGUUACAGGUAAUAUUAACUGAGAAAGCAUAAAUUGCUUAAUUCCUAAGCUGUACACAUAAUUUAAUACUCCAGACACCUUAGCCAUUGUUAAACAACUGUGAGCAGAUUGUAAAUCAGCCACAACUUCUGCUAAUACAUGCAGUAGGAAGUUCAGUCCCUUAUUGUCCAAUAUGUCAGUAUUGUUUCUGUUAAGAUACAGUACACUAUUCCAAUUUCCGUCUUUCCAAACAACAGCUUUUUUUGGUUUGCUUAGUUCCCCCACACCCAUUACAAAACAAGCUAACUAUCCAAGUUCCUUAAUCAGUCUUAUUCUAAUGUUAGUGAAGCAAAAUAUUCCUUAAGGUUAAACCCUGUAAUAGUCAUUUGGAGUGCCGUUCCUGGGCCUGGGUAGCUAAUUUGCUCAGAUGCAGGACAGGAAUUGAUACAGCGAGUAGUUUUUUGGCAUGUUACUCUUCCUCAAAGCAUGGUGGCAUAUGAGGAAGAAAAAUAAAUUCUCACCGUAGAGAAGAGAUGCAUGGAUCAGCUGCUUACGUUGUGAUCAGGAAAGUUGCAUCUGCAUCAGUGUUGGCUCACAUGUAAAUUACCUCUGGGUUUUUUUCAGCCAAAUGCUAGAAAAGAAGAUUUGUUUGGUCGGCCAAGUCAGGGUCUAUAUUCAUCCUCUGCCAAUAGUGGAAAGUGUUUAAUGGAAGUGACUGUGGAUAGAAACUGUCUUGAGGUAUGAAUUUAUUGUGAUACAUGUUACAAAUUCAUAACAUUGCUUCCUUCCCUCUCCGUUCCUCCACUUUCUCUUUUCACACUGAUUUUGCUAAAAAAUUGAGAGCAAGUCUAUAUAUUUAUAUAUCCAUAUUUCUUUAUCCACUACUCUCAGUUCCCUUCCAGGCCUUCUAAGGACUUUACCUUGCCUUAAAGAACCACAAGAUUACCAUAGUAUUCAUUUCAGACUCUGGAAAUGCAAUUGCAGUGGCUGGAAGACAGGCUUUACCCAAAUGCAAUUGCUGCCUGCUCCUCUAGUGAGCAGUCAGAUAGCUAUUAACUCUUUCCUCAAGUGGGGAAUGCAUAGAAGAUGUUUCAAAAAAAGGCUUGUUAGAUCCACAAUGGAUAUUUCCAAAUGUUCAUAGCUAUUUGUGUGUAUGCAAAGUUAAAUUUGGAAGAGAAAAGGCCUGCUCCCAUAGAAUAUUAGAUCUGAAAAUUCCACAUUGCUAUUUUAGAGAGCUCCUCAUCUCAAUCUAUAAUACUAUGUAUAAUAUAUUAUCAGCUUGGACAUUUUUAGGGCUUGCUUUGUUUCAGUGGAGAGAUCCAUGAAUAAAAAUGAACUUUGAUCCCACUGAUUUCUAUAGGACCAGUCAAGUUAAUCCAGACUCUCUGGCUCAGCUAGUAUUAGACUUUAGGUUCUUGCACUAUAGUGACCAUGUUUGCAUGUCAUGAUGACAAGAGUUAAUGAUUCACUAUGGAUGCGUUAAGCUGGGCUGUAGCAUUAUGUCUGAACCAGUGAUGGGGGUUUGUUUUGCUCCAAACAAACCAUGAUCUGUAGGCAAAGUUUGGUCUUGAUUUAAAGAUUGCAUUUGGUUGAGUGAAACAAACCAAAGUCCCUGGUUGGGACAUAAUGCCAGGUUUGUUUCUCCUGCUUGUUGGUGGGGCAGAGCGAAGAAGCCAAGAUCAGCUCUUUCAUGAUAAAGUUGACGAUGGUUAAUGAUGAUAUGCAGACUGUACCAAAAUAGUAUUGCAGAUGAGUCUAGAGCAUGAAAAUACCCUGCAGUGUUUGACAAACCUGUUUCAUUGCCCUUUCGUUUAGGUUCUUCCAACCAAAAUGUCUUAUGCAGCAAAUUUAAAAAAUGUUAUGAGCAUGCAGAAUCGGCAGAAGAAGGAAGAAGAACAAAAUGUGCCAUCUGAAGAAUCGGAGAGUUCUAAGCCAGGCCCUUCGGCUCAUGAUCUUGCAGCACAGCUGAAAAGCAGUUUACUGGCAGAGAUUGGACUGACCGAAAGUGAAGGUCCGCCUCUGACAUCCUUCAGGUACCAUUACUUACGAAACAACACCUUUACUUUUACUCCUUUGUGCUCAAUACUGCAUAGUCAGGAGUGUUGCCGCAAAUGACUGCUUGGGAUAGGCAACAGCAGCAGGAAAAAGAGAGAGGAAAUGGCUGUGUUGUGAACACAGGGUUUCCAUAUUGGUUCUUAUUCGAUUUUAUCAAUUACCAUUGCUUUUUGGUAUUUGCAUUGGUUUCGCAAGUGCCACUUUUCUUUGUACAUUACCUUGCUAUUUAAUUCAUGUGCUUGUGAUCAAGAUAAUCCUUGAUGGAAACUGCAGAGAGAUCGUCACUUGACUCUUCCUGCUAGAAACUUUGAGUUGUUUGGCAGCAACUGAACACAACAUAAUCCUAAUUUUAACUUGCUUAGUAUAUAAAAGUAAUCUCUGUUCUCCUGGUUCUUUUUAAAUUUUUGUCUGCCAGGCCACAGUGCAGUUUUAUGGGGAUGGUUAUUUCUCAUGAUAUGCUGCUUGGACGUUGGCGGCUUUCCCUAGAAUUAUUUGGAAGAGUGUUCAUGGAAGAUGUAGGAGCGGAACCAGGAUCGGUAUGUAUCUUCUUGAAUGAAGACUGCUAGAUUGUUUUGUAGGCCUUUCCUUUUACUAAUACAUUGUUUCUCUUUGUAGAUUUUGACUGAAUUAGGUGGGUUUGAAGUAAAAGAAUCCAAAUUCCGCCGAGAAAUGGAAAAACUGAGAAACCAACAAUCUAGAGAUUUAACACUAGAGGUAAGAAGUUUUAGUGCUAUCCUUUUGAGUUUAGCUAGAUUUAAAAGAUGAACGGUUGUGGAUAUCCUGUUGCUCUUGCAAUUACUUACCUCAGUAAAUUAGGAUGUAAAAUGGUGGCCCAGCCAUCGCUGUGUAUGCUGCAGCUGAAGGAUGUUUUUGGGUGCUAGUGUGGCUGUAUAUCAUAUUUUCAUUCUUUAGCUUGUCUGUUCUUCACUGUGUUCUCCUAAUGUGUUUUCUAGGUUGAUCGGGAUAGAGAUCUUCUAAUUCAGCAGACGAUGAGGCAGCUCAACAAUCAUUUUGGUCGCCGAUGUGCUACAACUCCAAUGGCUGUCCACAGGGUAAAGGUCACGUUUAAGGAUGAGCCAGGAGAAGGCAGUGGUGUAGCAAGAAGCUUUUACACUGCCAUUGCACAAGCUUUUUUGUCAAAUGAGAAGCUGCCAAAUCUGGACUGUAUUCAGAAUGCCAACAAAGGGACGCAUACAAGUAAGUAUAUUGUAAUAAAUGUGUUAUGUAUAACAUUGAAGACUUGGAACAGUGAAGCAGGAUGAGGGGCAAGAAAUUAUGCAGGGAUCUGCGUUAUCCUCAGGCUUUCAAAUCAUCAUGAGGGGCACAUCUGCUUAUUUAACAGUAAAACUGAAGAUGCUGAAUUUUGCACUCAACACAAAUCUGUGCACUUAAGGUGGUCACAAUACACACAGUUCUGAUGGGGGAAAAUCUGUAUUCUCCAUCAAUCCUUCAUUUAAACAUAGUGUAGAACAUUUUAGCAUGAAAUAAAGAUGCCUGCAGAUGCACUAAGAACGUUGGGUGCGUGGGUGGGAACAGGAAGAAUUGUCAGACUGCCAGAAUUCUUCUUUGGUUCCGUAUUGUUUCCAUAGAAUACAAGACAACAGAUUCCUGCCUUGAGUCUAUAUGCUAAACUUCAUCAAAGGGGAGUCAACUGAAGAAAGGAAAAGGAACAGGCAGGACUAAACAGGGGAAAGCAAAUGGAUUUUAUUUUAGUUACAUGCAUUUGGCUUGGUUUUUGAGGCUUCAGCCAGUGAAGGGUUACAUUUUAACCUUGUUUUCUUCAAAUAUUUUAAGGUAAACUUCCAUUAUUGUGUGGUGGUAGAGAAGAACUUGAUGAACAAGCCUGAUUUAUAUAUGUCUUUAAAUCUUAAUUUGGAAUUGUGAUUCCAAGCUAAAUUUUGUGUUCUUCUCCCUCAGCCUUGGUUUCCACAGCUUCAUGAUCUUUCAUAGUAUUUGCAAGUGAGCAUUGUUGCAAAAGUGAGCGUUGUUUACAAACCAUAAGUAUGUCUUGCCCCUUUAAGGUCUCAUGCAGAGAUUACGAAACAGAGGGGAGAGGGAUCGAGAAAGGGAGCGCGAAAGAGAAAUGAGAAGGAACAGCAGCGGCUUGCGAACUGGCUCUCGGAGGGACAGGGAUAGGUAAGUAGCUUUCUUUUGAAGUUAACUUCAAAUCAGGAGAUGAUUUGGAAUAAUAAACUGCUCGUUCUCACCAGGAAUUUCAUUAAAAGGCAGAAAAUAAAUCUCUAAAUUAACUGCUCCUCAGAAACAGGGACUCAAAAGUGAGCAAAAGAAUUAACUAGGAAGCACCUGCCACUUUACUGGGACACAAGACGAAAGGUGGGGAAGGACGGGUUUAGCGCAGCAGGAGCAUACCCUGUAGUUCAUUUGAUGUGGACCUUUCAGAGAGCAAAGACAAUUUCUGAUGAAUUGCUGUUGUUUUUAAGGGACUUUAGAAGGCAGCUCUCCAUUGAUACCAGACCUUUUCGACCAGCUUCAGAAGGGAAUCCUAGUGAUGACCCCGAUCCUCUUCCAGCGCAUCGGCAGGCCCUGGGUGAAAGACUUUAUCCCCGUGUACAAGCAAUGCAACCUGUAAGGCUAAUGUUCUCUUCUGUCUACUGUGGCGAAAAUCAUUCUUGUUUCUUAAUAUGUACUGUAUUCCUCUUAAAAAUUGGGUGUGUCUACAUAUACUUGACAUGUUGGGGAAUAGUGAAUAAGAUGAAGAAUACAAAGAGUUUUGCCUUAGACCUGCAAUUCUUUGUAGUUGUAGGGCCCCGUUAAGGAUCCUGUACUCCCCUAGGCAUAGGGCUUCAAGAUGGAUUCUAGUGGAGCAGCAGCUAUAUAUGUAACAGGAUCCAUACCCAGAGCUUCCGCCUCCCUUUAAAUAAAUGCAAAAGCCCACAAGCACCAGUUGCAGCAGGGGGCUGAAUCCAGGGCAGCUGAAGUUUCCCGAAUCUGUAAUUUCCAAGCAGAUGGAGAAGACUAGGGGAAAAUGGAAGAUAAGAUAUUAAUUUCUCGUUCCCAGGCAUUCGCAAGCAAGAUCACUGGCAUGCUGUUGGAAUUGUCUCCUGCUCAGCUGCUUCUGUUGCUUGCCAGUGAAGAUUCUCUUCGAGCGAGAGUGGAUGAAGCUAUGGAACUCAUUAUUGCACAUGGAAGGUAAACUAACGUUAGGGAUAAAUCCUUAAGGGAAAACUUUUUCAGAUUGCGCCUGGCUUUGAGCUGUCACAGGGGAAAAAUUGAAUUAGAUCUUUUGUGCAUUGUAGCUCCUCUACACAAUUCCUGUGGUUUUGUACUUGUUUUUCUUUGUUUUCCCACUGGAAAACUAUUCGUUGGGUAUUCAGAAUAUUGAGAAAGGAAGACAGAUCAUUUAGCAGCUAGUAAAAUCCUAUGGUGCCCGCUUUUCUUUUCAUAUUUCUUGAAGGGGAAAAAAAGAGUGAUUUAUUUUACUAUAUUACAAUAACAUUUAAAUUGAAUUUUAAAGUGUGACAUUGACUCUGGUUAAAUAUUUUUCUUUCAUUCUGUUCAAAAGGGAAAAUGGAGCUGACAGUAUCCUAGACCUUGGCUUGUUGGAUUCUUCUGAUAAAGUACAAGUAAGACAAAUGUUUUAACAGUGCCUUUAUUAGUUUACUGUUAUGUGCAUGGAAUAUGUUGGACUGUUUGCAAGAGGGAAAGAUUCCUUCAGUCUAGUACUGUGGUGAUGAAACUAAAUUUUAUUUAAACUUUUCCCUUUAACCAAGUGUGCAAUUCCACUAACUUUAUCAUUUGUUUAAUUCCCUUUUUUUACUUGGAUGUGGUUUUGACAGACAACUUGUAACAGCGAAGAAUAUUUCAGUCUUCAUUAGUGUGCAGAAAAAAACACCCCUUUUUUACUUCUCUUUUUUUGUAAAAAAGGAAAACAGAAAACGUCAUGGUUCCAGUCGCAGUGUGGUAGACAUGGAAUUAGAUGAUACAGAUGAUGGCGAUGACAAUGCACCGCUAUUCUAUCAACCUGGAAAGCGUGGCUUUUAUACACCGAGGCCUGGCAAAAAUACAGAAGCCAGACUAAAUUGUUUCAGAAAUAUUGGCAGGUAAAAUAUUCUCUAGAUUUGUGUGCAUCGCUUUGUGUGAAAAAUACUAGAAUGUGUAUAAAAGUAACGGUCACGAAAAGACGUAAGAUUUUGCACUUCAGCACCAGGUUUACAAUGAUUUCAACUAGACUUUGAAAAUAUACCGUAUUUUUCUGUGUAUAAGACGCCCCCUAUUUUUGGGGACUCCAAAUUAAGAAAACACCCCUCAGCACUACCCAUGUAUAAGACGAGCCCCAAUUUUAAUUUUUUUGGUUUAAAAACCUAGUCUUAUACACGGAGAAAUACGGUAAUUGAUCUCAUUUGCUUGGAUGGUCUUCUUUUGACUUGGUUUCUUCAUCACUUUUUCUUUUUUUUAAAAAAAACUUCUUGUUCUGAUACGUUUUUUUCUUCAGAAUUCUAGGUUUAUGCUUGCUACAGAAUGAACUUUGCCCCAUCACAUUAAAUCGACAUGUAAUAAAAGUUCUUCUUGGCAGAAAGGUAAACUUGCAUAUAAAUCGUAAGAAUAGUUAAUUAUAGGGCUGCAGUGUUAUUUGAUUAAAAUUGCGGUGCUUGGUUUAAAAUGUAGAGCUUGGUUAAUUGGAUAUUGCCGCUAUGUCACUCAACCUUCCAUUUAAAGCAGUGAUUCUUCCUCCCUCUUCUGUGUACUUUUUCCACCAGAAAAUGGGAACUCCCUCCAGAGUUCCAUGUUCAGGCUUCUUUCAGCAUUAGGAAAUUGUACUUUGUAGCCACCUCCAGGGCCCCUCAGGAAAAACUGUGACGUGCAAACCUAUUUCAAAGGGUGUUUCAGAUCGUUAACCUUUCUUAACCAUGGGCGUAAGUUUGAACGGAGACAUAGACCCAGAUCAGACAUGGCAUAACAUGAGAGAAAGCAGUGUGCCCUCCCUCCCUUAUGGUGCCCUCUAGGCUUAUCCUGAUAUUGUGGCUUGUAUUCAAAAAAGUUUCCUGGCAUGCACAUAAGUAGUAACUGUAAUUUAGAGCAACCCAGGAAACCAGUGGCAAGAUUAGGUGUGCAAGAAGGGAGGAAUGUUAUGUCUGAACUAGGCACAUUUGUUUCCUUAUGAAAGAACAGAAGAUUUGGACAUAACGCUUCUCCUGACUAAUUUGCUUGGUACGGCCACAAUAUUUGUAAAGCUUUUUGAAGUUCUUAACAGCAAAACUGCUCAGUAGAGUAGCUGUCUUUGUGAGCUGAUGAGAAAACUAAAAGUGAUGUUUUACAUGUGCAUUUUAUUUUCAGGUUAACUGGCAUGAUUUUGCUUUUUUCGAUCCGGUAAUGUAUGAGAGUUUGCGGCAACUUAUCCUCGCUUCCCAAAGUACAGAUGCUGAUGCAGUUUUUGCAGCAAUGGACUUAGCAUUUGCAAUAGACCUAUGCAAAGAGGAAGGCGGAGGACAGGUAAACAGCAGUUACCCCGUUACUCAGACCAUUCACCCCUUUUUGCUAUUAAUUGGAAAUGGAUGGAUGCUUCUGUAAUAUUAGUGGCCAGUUUAACAAAACAUAUGGCUGAGGAAAAUCCCCCUUGGAAUAUGUUUCCAUUAUGUGAGGUAGUUGUAAGUAUUUUAAGAAGUUGGAUUUUUUUAUAUUAAAUAUUCUUUUUCACAAUAUUUUCCUAGGUUGAACUUAUCUCCAAUGGUGUAAAUAUACCAGUCACUCCUCAAAAUGUUUAUGAAUAUGUCCGAAAAUACGCAGAGCACAGAAUGUUAGUAGUUGCAGAACAACCUCUACACGUAAGUAGUAUGGUUGAAAGGCAUUGGCUUAUUUUGAUGUUUUCUUACUCACAUUUGAUAAUUUGCAUAGAACUGUGUCUUUGAAUCGAUACAUCACAAUUCCUGCGCAGUCCCUGAAACUGAGCAAACGAACAGUUGCCAAGAGGGUUUCUACUGCUCACCUGCAGGAUUAUAAGGCCCCUGUGAAAUUUACAAAUAGCACAGGAAGUGCUGGUCUUCCUUAUGAUUUGAGUGUGAACAUAUUAUUCUUCAGGCUCUGCUCUUCUAGUUUCUCCCCUUCUGGAGGAAGGAGGCCAGGUGUUUUGUUUUUUCCAGCUGUCACUUCUGACAGCUGGUGCAAGUUGACUUUUUAGUUUGUUUGGCCAUUCAAUCAGGAAAAAGAGAAGUAGAAAUUUUGUAUUAAUACCUUGAGAUGAAAAAAGUAUCUCGCUUGAUGUUUGUGAUUAUAAUAACUUUCUGGGUGGUGAAGGUGCUGCCUUAUUGGCCGGUGAUUCCUAUGCAGAAGUAAACACAAGCCAUGUCAUGAGGAACAAAUGGGACCCCUGCUAUAACUCAACAUGCUAGAAAUCGGGUGUCCGCAAAUGUUGGCUGACCUUAAUAGCCAGGCCAAAGCUUGUAAACACCAAGGCUUGGAGCCAAUGUUAGUAAUACUUGGAAUAGACCCAUGGAAAUUAAGGGGCAUUGCUUACUUAUGUCCAGUAGAACUUUGUUUGCUGCAACCCCAAGAUUCUGCCUCUCCUCUUGUUCCUGACCUUGCUCUGUCUCCCUACAUGAGGCCAUGUAAAGUUCUCAGUUCUCCUCCACAACUCAGAAAGCCCAGUACAACCCUGUCGCCAAGCUCCAUCUCCCAAGUGCAGGGCUCCCUUCAUAAUGCUUGCCAGAGGACAAUAGCUCACUUGCCAUGACAAACAGAUUUAUCUGCCAGUCAUUGGUUCUUUCCAUCUAGUUGUGCAGUAACCAGCCAAUAUGCAGUUCCUGGUAGUGUUUAAAUUAACAUUAUUGUGGCUUUUUCAGGCAAUGAGGAAAGGUCUGCUGGAUGUACUUCCAAAGAAUUCAUUAGAAGACUUGACAGCAGAAGAUUUCAGGCUUCUCGUAAAUGGCUGUGGUGAAGUUAAUGUGCAAAUGCUAAUCAGCUUUACGUCCUUCAAUGAUGAAUCAGGUAUGAAAUUAUUUGUGUAAUCCUUUAGUUGUGCAGCAGUAAUCUUGCUCCAGACUGCUUUUCCCCCCUUUUCAUAUUGGUUAGACAAAUGCAAUGUUUUCUGAAGCAUGCAGACUAUGGGGGAAAUUCAGUGUGAGCAAGCAUUUGUGUUUGUCUGAUGGAAUGAUCUCCCCUCUCCUCCUGUCACAUGCUGAUCUAGGGGUUCUUCCGGCCCUCCAGAAUAGAUUUUGGGGGAGUGAAGAGGGAGAGAAAGCCCUUUUGCCCUAGUGGGAAUCCUUGCUCAGAGUGCUAGUAGAAUGGGUUGGUUGCAUCCAGCCCCGUGUCUCUCCAUUGCAUUUGGAGAUUUUUGCAGAUCUACAAAAAUCACAGUGCAGAUGGCCUAUCCGUUUCUCCUUCACACCAGUCUCUUCAGACCUUUCUAAUAUAAACUAUUACUUACAUACUAAAAGUAGUCUAGUGAAACCAUGUCCUUAGAUCUCUCUGUCUGCUCUUAUUGGCAUUUUAAUUCAUAGUUGGUUGUUGCUAUUUGCACAACCAGAAUAUUUCCAUUAAGUCCAGUAUCUGAUAUCCACAACUAAAUGUUAUUAUCUGCCUUCUCUUCUGUUAAUUUAUUUCAUUUCUGAACAGGAGAAAACGCUGAAAAGCUUUUGCAGUUCAAACGUUGGUUUUGGUCCAUAGUUGAGAAGAUGAGUAUGACUGAAAGGCAAGAUCUAGUAAGUAUUCUUUCUUUUGGUCAACAUAUGGGAUUUGUUAAUCCCUGUUGGUACUAGAUGACUCCACAUUGGGGAGAAAAACAGUUUCUUAUUUUAACUACCCCAGUAUGGUAUCAUUUCCUCCUGGACCCAAAGAGCAAGUUCAGUCACUCAGGAGUUUGGGAUUUGGAGUCUCUUCAAGAUUGGUUCCUCUUGGUACAUUUCCAACCUCUUUUGAAACUGAGGGGGAAGUAUCAAAAUCAGGCUACAAUAUAAUACAGAGUCUGCCAUAAAAAAAGAAAAUCAGUAACAUUUCCCCUUGGCCAUUAGUUCUGAUUUCAACAUUUGAGUUUUUUAAAAGACUGGACAAUGAUAAUCUCAAGUAGAUUACUUUUAGUUACUCUCAUAAAACUAAUAAUGAGAUGGUCAUUUUCUGAAAUGCUUCACAUUUGUUAUCUGAGCAUUGUAGAUUUCUGUUACUGAUUAUUAACCAAUUCAAGCUUUGUGUUAAUUAUUUUCUCUACCAUAGAGCUCCAUUAUUUGUGGAAAAACAAAGAAUCAAAGAUGGUGCUGACAGAUAACAUCUUAAAUAUUGUUUGAAUCUACAGGAUUUUGGCAUAAAGGGAUGUAACAUUAGUAACAACGAUGUGUGGACAUGAGGGACUAGGCUAGUGCCUUAAAUGUCCCCAGUAAAUUAGAGUAUUAAAGUAUUUAAACCUGGUGCCUGCUUCCCAAAGCCCAGAGCACAAUGCUCUGAUGGGGUCCAAGAGUCCUCCCUCCACAUUCCCAAAGGCCGAUUCUCAUGUGUGUGACGUCAGGACAUCAUGUAUGCAAUAUCUCUCCCCCCCCCCCCCCCCAUCGCCCUCGCAAGCUGGCGCUUCUGGCCCUAACUGUCCCCCUACAAUAAAUUUCACCGCAUGCCACUGAAAUAUAAAAUGGGCAUGUGAAUUCCCCCCUCCUCAGAUCAUUAACAGGUCACUGUUUAUUUGCACCGUAGGUUUAUUUCUGGACGUCAAGCCCAUCCUUGCCUGCUAGCGAAGAAGGAUUUCAGCCCAUGCCAUCCAUCACGAUAAGGCCGCCAGAUGACCAACACCUUCCUACAGCGAACACUUGUAUUUCUCGCCUUUAUGUCCCUCUGUAUUCUUCUAAACAGAUUCUCAAGCAGAAGUUGCUACUCGCCAUUAAGACCAAAAAUUUUGGUUUUGUGUAGAGUAUAAAAAGUGUGUAUUGCUGUGUAAUAUUAAUAGCUAGUUUUUUUGUAGAUUUUCCAUUUGUCUAUAAAAGUUUAUGAAAGUUAAUGCUGUCAUACUCUCCCUGCUGGUAUUGCAAUGACUAAAUGCAACAUUCCUGUACUAAGUUUGCAACCCAAGGGGCCGAAGGAGCACUAGCAAUGUCGGACUGUAACCAUUUGCUAGUUGCCGGCUUCCUGGCCAACCCCAGCCAAAGAUGACAGCAGAACAAUAUAAAUUACACUGUGAUUUAGCUUUUUGCCGGGGGAGGGUGGGGAAGGAAUAUGUAAAAUGUUCUAAGAAAAUUCACUGCUGCCUUUGUGGAAAGUGCUUCAGCAAAGGUUCUUGUAUAGAGGGAGUAGGGAAUUUCAAAAUAAAAGAUGAAGUAUGUUCUGUGUUUUAUUUUAACUUUUUUUUUUAAUGGUGUUUAAUUUUGUGGUUGGCUGCAGUUGUGCAUCAUGUAUAUUGAACUUGUAAAAAGUUCUUGCCAGUUAGAGCUAAGAGUUGAAAUCAUUCACGUUUGCUUACAAAAAAAACCACUGCCAUUGCAAGUUUUGUCUCUUUGCAUUGGACUCUGGCACACAAAUACCACCACUAAUGUUUUGCAUGUAAUCUGUAUACCUUAGUGAGGAUCUUUUUGUACAUAACAAGGAAGCCAAUGCACAGUAUUUAAUCGUUCACAAUCAACAUUUUUGUAUCCCUCUUUCCUCGAGCAAUCAGUCAGAAGGUUGUUCCACUUCCAACUCCAACCUGGACACUUGUUCUGCUGUGUCUCAGACUGUUUAAAAUUUCAGCCUAGGCACUACCUGGUAACUGUAAAAUGUUUAUAAGAUCAUGAUUAUUUGAAGGUACAUUUUGAAGAAAUUUAAUGUUCGUGAGCAGCUUAACUACUUUUGUAUCUAGCCUUUUUUAAGUAUCUUGUUACAGUUUUUAAUAAAUUACAGACAAAAGUACAAAGUCAUACUGAAGAAACAAUAGUUUUUAUUUAUAUAGCCUGUAUAAUCCUAGUUAUCACCACACACCACAGUCAUUCACUAAGCCACUCUAAAUUUCAUAAGUGAAUAAAACUCAUUCUCAUCUUCAGUCGAAAUGGAAGGAGUUCAGCCCACAUUUUACAGUUAGCAGAACUGCCCUGCCCUGGCAAGCUCUCUUGUUUUCACCAGGCUGUACAAGAUGGAGGCGUAAUGUAGUUUUGUUCAAUCAGCACAAAGAAAAGUUUGCCAAAUGUAUUGUGGUGCGCUGAGUGCUUGCUUUUUUUUUUUUUUAAUUAAACAUUUUUACAAUGAAGGGGAGAGAGUCCUCUUGUAUUUCAGUACGCCAGGGUCCCGUUUUGUUUAGUUCUUAAGUGAUGUCUGAAAGGGGGAGGCUCUGUGUUGUUGCUUGCUCACCAUCUCCUACUAGACAUAAAACUCUUUCCAUUAUUAUUGUUGGCUUCAGUUGUUCCCCUGUCCCCGUGGUUCUUGGCUGGGGAAUGGGGGGGGGGGAGUGAACAGCACAUCGCUGCAAACUUGCUUAAAUUUCUACCAAAGUGGAAAACUGCUCCUCUCCCCCACUCACCCUUAACAACAGCAUUCAAGCCCCUUUCUGCCUUCGCUUAAAAAUAGAAUGGCUGCCUUCUACAGAAAAAUCUAACUCUGACAGGCCUUGGGGAAGCUCGCUAGAGCACAUCUCUGACCUCCAUGCAGUAGACUCUGAAGACUGUUUGUUCUCUUAAAGGUGACUGUGCCAGACUUGUAUAGUUAGGGAAUAACUGCAGGUGCUUUUUAAAAAUAUUUUUUCCCCCCUGCAUGUAUUGAUGAACUAAUUAGUUUCCCCCGUGACAGCCCUUUGAGGGAUAAGGAUGGAGUUUCUGGUGAUGUAUUCAGUGGAUAUAAAGUUUUGGAUUCUGUUCCUGAAUUUGCUACUGGCUUUUAUGGCAAGUUACUUAAUGUCUCUGGGCCUCUUACUCACAUUCUGUAAAAUAAUGAUAGCUACCUACCUCACUGAGGUGUUGAGGCUUAAUAAGGUUAAUCUCUUCCAGAGCCCUCUUAUGAAAGGCUGUGUAUAUUGUAAAGUAUUGUUAUAUAUAACCUGUGUAUAUAUAGCAUAUCCAUAUGUUAUAUGUAUAAUUAUGUAUAUAACAUAGCUGUUUUACAACAAUCACAGCAGGAUAAAACUACACAGUCAACAAGCCCGAUAUAGUAGCCUAAAAAGAAAAUAUAUACAUGUAGAAAACACUUUGCUGAUACUCUAACCGAAGGGGAAAGCUAGAAUGAUUUAUGCUGUAGUCAUUGACUCAAGAUGUAUAUGUAGCUAUAUAAAUAGCUUUUCUCUGUAUAUUUGAACAGUAUCAAGCUUUUCAUAAGAAAUGUUUAUUAAAAUUGUACACCACA